CCCUGGAAAAGCUUCCCAGCUAUGUGUGGACUAAUAGUGAGUAGUAUGGGGGGUGGGGAGGCACUAAGACCCUGUGGCCUCUGAAGAAGUCCCUCCAGAGGAGGAGGCACAGGACACAGGAAAAAAAAAAAAAAGCUGCCUGUGGAAGUUGCAUGUUAACGUUUGACUCCUUGUCAAGGAAGGGGAAGGGGUGAUGAAAUUACAAUGAGAUCAGUUACCUCAGCAGAGCCCUGCAGCUCAGAUCCUGAACUCCAACCUGUGUCCUGCAGAGCUGCUCAAAUCAGACUGAGUGAGGAGAUCAGUUUGGAUGAGGGUUAGUGAUCACAGGAAUCACUGAUACAAAGUCUUCAAGUUUAUUGGCCCUUCUUCCAGAUCUGCCGAACGUUCCAUCAUAGAACACUGGCACUGUCCCAGGGCUAUUUAGGGGCACUAACCAGGAAAAGUUUGCGGGAAAUCAGAAGGGCAACAUUUGUAUAGGACAAGUUCACCAUCCUCUGCACACCUGGGCAUGCAGCACUGAGCUUGGCAUGGAGCGAAUAAAAGGUAAGGGAGAUUUCAUAUGCUGCUGGUAUCUACGAUCUGACUUUCACUGCACACACAACGUGAUGGAAACACAUGGCAUUUAAAUUGGACUCUGUUUGACAGAUAGGGGACCUCCUGCAUUGCUGAAUGACUAAAGGUUGUAGCUGUUUUAAAACGAGGAUGGACACAUGCAUAGCUGUUGGAUUGCUAUUCUCAUCGAGCUAAAAUGAUGGUAGUGGGAUUAGGAGUCCAGCGGCCAAGCCUAGCCUUUUUAUUUUAUUUAAAGUGUGUGUGUGUGUGUCUGUCUCGCAGAUACUGCAAGCUUGCAGAAUUCCAGUGAUCCAUGCCUAAUCCUUCACAUACAGGAACUCCUCCUCAGGUAGCCAAAGAAAGGCUCAUUAACCCAUGAAUUGUGGGGGGGGAAAUGACCGGGGGAGUGCACAUUUCAUGUAUAAAUAGCCAAACUGGACCCAUGCUACUAAGAAACUAUUUUGACAUAAACAUUCCCUUUUGUAGUUUAUCCGUAGGUCCCAGUUUACUGGGAAAUGAGACCCCUUGCACAGACUAUGGUAUUGUAGGCUGGUACUGGUGAAUUAUCACCUGCUGGGAGAUAAAGUAUUGUUAACAGCAGUGGCGGAUCCAGAGCCUGAUCUCGGGAGGGGCACUUGUAGAUUAUUUAAAGAAAUAAUCCAGGCACAAUAAUCACUACAGCUAGGUGUAGUAGUUAUGGUCCAAGUAGUGCCAGGAUCCCAUCCCAGAGUAAGUAGUCAAAACGUUUAAGAACAGUUUGACAACUUACCUGGGGUCUGCUGGGAUAUAGGGCAUAGGAGCAGUGGCUGGGGUGUGUUAGGGGUGGUGUGUGUGUGAGUGAAAGGUGCAGCGAGUGUAAGGGUGGCAGUGUAUGUCAGAGUUGCAGUGUAUGUGUGGGGAAUUGUGUGUACGGGGGGAGGGGCAGCUCGUGGGAGGAGGUUAGGGAGGCUUUUUAAUAAUUUUUUUUAAAUAAAAUAUAUUGAUGUCCCUCCUCCCUUCUUACCUUUACUGAGGGAGGAGAGGGGAUAUAUUUUGAUCCCUGAUGGUCUGGGGAAUCCCUGGUGGUUCUAGUGGUGAGCGUAAACUCUAGCCUGUAGCUCCAGGGAUAGAGUUCACUAUCGCGAGAUCCGGAGCGUUGCUGUGGUAACCGCGGCAACGCUCCGUGCUCGCGUGAGAAGAACCCGGAGGAGCUGCAGGCUGAGCUCCCGGGCCCUCUCUAACUCCCUCACUGCCAGCACGCGGACCCCUCCGGUCCUUGAAGGCACAUUGCAGGGCUGGCUCUUGGACAGUGCCAGCCCUGCAUUAGCCAGUAGGGGAGAAUCAAUUGCCCUGUUGCCCCGCCCCCGAUCUGCCACUGGUUAACAGUUUAAACUAAUGUGGGUCUCCAUAGUGUUCUGUUCCUGUCCUGAAAGGCCACUAGAGUCACCCAGGCCACUUAUUCUCAGUGAAGUCGUCUAGGUGUGUUGGUCCUGUCAUUUUAACCAUUUGCAGUAAAACAUUGCCGUUUUGCAGAAAUUAUAAUGUUUACCUUGAAGACACCAUAACUUUGUUGGUUUGUGCUCCACAAGUAACGCCAAGCCUCCAUUGCAAGCCAGCAACCAACCUCAUGCUGAUGACUUGCCUUAACAACAAAACCGCUGUCCAUGGGUGGUUCACUGGCUUUGCAUCUCUUCCUGAGUUGUGUUUCAAAGCUGUUGUAUACAGCAAACACAAACAAAGGAAUCCAUGUUUAAAAUGGAAUAUUGAGGCAAAAAGAUGAUGGUUUGUUGACCUACUUUGCAUAUGUCCACCCAGAAUCCCUUGCAGUAGUAACGUCACUGCCAAUUUAUGAUUUCUGUGGGAAAAGCAAGUCUUAUUUCUUGACUGGUGUGCAGAGCUGUGUUUAACAAUGUAUUGACUAUCCACUGAUCUCACGUGGAAGGGGUUUUCGAUCCCAUUUUUCCCACCAUAACUUUCUUGGUUUUUGUUUCUUGAAGGCUUAAAACCUAAAUGAGGUUAUGAUGCCCCUGGAGGCACCCUUACCUCAAGGGAUUAAACUGUUCUCGAAAGUUUAAUCCCCAAAUUGCCUCCAGUGGCGAUGUCCACCUCCCCCAGGCAGUAUCUGGCCUCUGAAUCUCGAGAUUAAGGAAGCAUGGAGUGUUGCUGGGCAAGGGUGCCAGUGAUUGGAUGAGUUUGGUCAGCUGACAUUUUCAGCUAUUCAACAACUCCACAUUCACUAAACUAGCUUGUAAAGAAACAUACCUUUUUCCAAGCCAGUUUAGUGCGCAUGCGUGGCAAAACACUACGCUGUUCCGAUAAGAUGGUCUCUGAAGCCAUCUGACUAAAAGAGUUUUACUCUGCGAUUUCACAGAAGUGCCUUUACCAGCUGUAGGCAUGAGGACCACUACAGGCAGGUUACAUCUGCAAUGUAAACAUUUAAGUUCCUGCGGGAACGACAAUGUUUUCAGCUAAAGGGUUAAAAGGAUGGGAGGGGCACAUGGCACCAACACAACUUUAUUGAAAAGAAGUGGUCUGGAUGCCUAUAGUGUUCCUUUAAUAUAAAUGUAAAGGCAAACCGAACAUAAAAUGGCUUUGUUACUUCAGCCUAUUGUUUUGGGAAAAAUAACAGCAUACAGAUUAAUAAAAUUGUAUAUAAAGCCAGUGAAGACUUUUUGAAUAAGGAAAAACACUGCCAAGUCUGGCCAAAACAGUGUCCCAUGCUUAUGCUUUGAAGAAACUGCUUAGAAAUCAGUGGGACAUUAUUGUGUGUUUUUUCUUAUUUAUGCAUAUCUGUUUCUCUGUAUAAUAUGUGGAUUCUGUUUUUGACUGUUUCUGAAUGAAUGCUGUAGAAAAAGGUUUUAAAAAAUGCAUUUUCAGAAAAAAAAAAUCCAGCAGCACUGGAGCUCGGUCUCCACAACAGAAACUGCGUGGAAUCAAACCAUUUUGACCCUUUGUGACGCCACUCUCUGCUCUCCUUUAUUGAUGUUUUGUGUCUGGGGAAAAUAGCUAAUUUCUUCUCUCUCGAGGAUUGUGGCAAAUCAACAGCUGCACCUCAUCCAUUUUUACAGCUCUACUAUUUUGGCCUAAAUUGUGCCAGUUAAUUCUCAACUCGCCACAUAAAGAAUAAACCCCAUUGAUAUUUGUGAGUGAUGGGGACACCAGAGAAUUGUUCCCAUAGAACGAGCACAUUAUUUAACACGUUCACUCCAAUUUUUGCUGUUCAUUUCUAAUUUCUCUAAGUGCAAUUAAGUGGAAGCUAUUUUGUAUUUAGCCUUCUUGACAAUCUAAUCAGCGUAAUGCUUUACUCCAAAUGACAAAAUCACAUUGCUAAAUUUGUAUUUAUCAGUAUUGAGCAACACUUUUUUGGGGGGGAAGAACACAAGGCUCUGAAUUCUAAUCCUUUUACUAUUUUUGUGCCAUCUAAGAACGUCUUUAUUUUCAAAUAGCUGUCACCCUAUCACAGUGUCAGCUAGAGAUAAGGUUCUGUUGUGUUGUACAAUACAGCAUUGUUUGCAAGCAACACAACAAAGUUGCAUCUAUCUUCAUAAUAAGUGCGGUUUUGUAACACAAUCCAGCUUUGAAAAUGCCCACUCCAGAAAAGAUUUCUGAUUUGAAUUCUAUAAAAGAAAUCUGUUUUCUGAAGCAGAAAUUUUAUCUUCUCAAAAAUCCAACUAUACGAUUGGUCGUCUUUUGAUAGCACAUGUCCGUGGCAAAUUACCUCAUCAAAGAGACUGACCAGCAUGGGAACUGCUUGUAGAAGUUGUUCAUACAGUAUGUUUGGGGCUGGUUUGGCGAGGAGACUAUGUAACAAUUUCUCCCUCUAAAUUUUAUUUAUUUAUUUUUUCCAUGAAUGGCAGUUUGUAAUAGGUCAUUCAUUUUUGGAAACCAUUUUGUUCUUAAUUUUGAUUAUGGAAGUAAUAGAUGCUUUAAGCGUAGUACAAUCAAACCAAUUUAGAUUCAUGGCUAAUACAGAACUCUGUUCUAGAUGCUAAAAACGAAUUGACCCUUUUUGUGAUACUGUCCACGAAUUUGAAUCUAGAAGACUAUAUUUUCCAGGGUGGAUUUGAUUUUAAGUCACUAGUCACUUAGUCAUGAUUUUUAUACAUAGAGUCCUUCAUGCUGGUUGUUAUCUUAAAUAUUUGCAAAAAGAUGAAGAUUUGGAGAACAAUUUAAAGUUGCUCUGUCAUCUCCCUCCCCUUCACCCCCACAAAUACAUAAUUGAAGUAUUUUAUAAAGAUAAAAUCUUUUAUGGAAUACUCACAUUGACUAUGUUGUACUAGAAAUUCCAAUCCAAUCUAAAGAUAUCCUUUCACUUCCACCUCUCUUAGUAACAUUUUGGUACUCUUGAAAAAACGUGGAGCUGCCGCAAUUACGUUUUGUCAAUUCCCCCAGUUGUUUCUAGUAAUGGCUGUGGGCAGGGGUCAAGUCCUGAGUAAAAAAGUGCGGGAACCACUCCCUCAACCCCCCAAAAAAUAAUUAUUAUACGCUCGUAUACAGGGGCUGAGGACAGGGACUGAAGGGGGCAGGGCUGAGGAAGAGGGACAGGAGCUUAGGAGGGGAGGGGAGGGGGGCAGGGCCUGAGUAAGGGGAUUUAAAAAAAAAAAAAAAAAAAACCCACCCUAAAUGCAUUCCCCCCCCUCCCUGAGGCUUACGGUGCGACAGGAUCUGGAGCCUGCAGUCAGUGGAGUCGUCAGCCAGCCUCUCCUGAUGAUGUCAGGAGGAGGGGGCGUGACUUCCUCUCCUCUUCUCCCAGACUCCCCAGCGGUCCUGUGAGAAGAGCCGUGAAAGUCAUGCCCCCUCAUGACAUCACCAGGAGAGGCUGGCCGACUCCACUGGCUGCAGGGAGAGAGGUGAGUUUUUUUUUUUAAAAAAUCCGAGACCACAGGCAGGGGAUUCGGAUUUGUGCUUCCCCCUGCUCUGUGCCAGCCCUGGGUCCUGCAGGACAAGUAACGGAACGGCGAUCCUGCUGUUGAAAAAGUGCAGGAACGCUGUUCCUGCAGUCCUCUAGCCCUGGCUGUGGGGGAAAAAAAUUAAAUGUUUUGCUGAUUGCACGACAAUAUCUAUGGAGGCACCUGCCGUCUCGCAGUAGACAGUAUUUAGUACAUCACUGAUGUAGGCUCCCGGAGGAAAAAGCAAAAUAUGGCGAUGAACUCUGGAAACAGAAUCAAGUAAGUAUAUUUUAUUAUUUAUAUAGCGCCAUCACUUUCCGUAGCGCUGUACAAUGGGUGGACUAACAGACAUGUCAUUUUUAACCAGACUUACAGGAACAGAGGGGGUGGAGGGCGUACAGGAACAGAGGGGGUGGAGGGCCCUGCUCGAUGAGCUUACAUCCUAGAGGGAGUGGGGUAUAGUGACACAGAGGGUAAAAGUAGGGGUACAAAGUAGGUUGUUAGAAAAGCAUUAAUUGAGGGAUUAGUAGGUUAUUUUUGACAGUUGCAGGAGAAGAGUCAUGGUGGGUGGAGGAUAAAAACAUGCUAAUAGUUUAAUUGAUAUGCUUUCUUGAAGAAGUGCGUUUUCAAUUUUUUUUUUGAAUGAGUGGAGACUGGGUGAAAUUCUUACAGAGAAGGGAAGGGAGUUCCACAGAAGAGGUGCAGCCCUGGAGAAAUCUUGGAGGCCAGCAUUAGCGGUGGGAGUACGGACAGAGGAUAGAUGUAGGUCUUCGGCAGAGCGUAGAGGCCUUGACGGGACAUACUUGUGUAUUAGGGAGGAAAGGUAGGUUGGAGCAGCAUUAUGUAGGGACAGAAUUUUAAAUUGAGCCUUAUAUCUAUCUGGGAACACGCAAGACCACUGAGAAGGGUAUUGCAGUAGUCACCUGCGCUGCACCCCCAAGCCACUGCACACCAAUGGGCAAUGUCACCUUCAAGGGUCCUUUCACUUUAAAUUAAAGGUAAUCUUUGCGUGUGUGUAAAAAAAAAAAACAAAAAAAAAAAAAAGUUUGGACAAUAAUAAUUAGAUUAAGUUCUGACUUUUUUUAUACAUUUGCUAACAUUUUUUGCUCUGAAAUGUAUUUACUAAAAAUGUAAACAUUUCCUUAACAUAUGGCCUCAUGGGUUUGGUUUACUUACCUGCUUUUGUUAUAAUGGCAAUAUCUGCUAAAAAUGUGGUCUAUCCUUUCACUGCCACAACUUCUAGGAACAGAAAGGUUAUUGCCCUGGCUUGCUGAAGGCAGGGCCCAUUGGGAUUGGCCUUGGAAAUUGGUAGGUGUACAAUAAAGGUUUAUGGAUUGGCAAAACCAAGCAAUGGUGGCAUAAGCUAAACCUGUCAUGCUGCCAAUUAAAAGUGAUCAGUUAGUGGCCACUCAGUGUGCUAUUCUUGAGCAGUACCUAUCAUGCAAAUCCCUCGAGUUAGUUAUUGGCUAUAACCGAGGUGGAAAAAAAGUAGAUCCCCAGAUAAUCUAGUACUUCAUCUCCCAUGAUGCUUCACUAGUCUUAAAGCAGGCAAAGCACCACUUGAGUUGUAGUUCUACCAUGGCUUGGGAAAUGUGGCUUCUGGAUCUGCAUUUGGAUUUAGCAAUGUACAGAUGGGAAGCAUGUUCUAGCGUUCUUUUCACUAUUAGUGUGACCCUUUCUGAGUUGGUAAUAUACAGCACUUGUUCCCACAGCUUGGUUGUUUAUGGCAUGGGUACCACAUGAAGUCCAAUUGGCUUCUCGAGCCCAAUGAUGUCAAAGGAUUGUGCUAUGUUUUGCCAAUAAAUGCGUCACUCACCCCUUUGGCACUCACAGUGUGAAAUGUUGUCUAAAACUGCAAAUUAGACGGCAAAAGGGCAAACUAGGUUUACCAAGCGGUUGUCAUCUCUUAACACUUUCAAAGUUUCUGUCAUCCAGUAAGUCUCAUAUAGGACACAGGGAGCAUGCAACGAUGGGAUAUUCCCACCCUCACCACCUCCACCCUAGUUUCUGAUUGUACAGGAUUCUACAGGAUAGGAGCAUUUCCUUGUAUUCCGGUCCUGUCUCCCUCUCCCCGAGCAAGCCUUGGCUCUGGCACAGGAUGCGGCCCGCACAGGAAACGUAUGAACUGAAAUCUCUGACCUUGAAUCUGCACCUGAUCCGUGCACCCCCCUUAUACACACACACCCACUCACUCACAGCAGGGGAAGGGCUGGUGCUGACCACAGGAACAGUACUACAAUGGAUUCAGAAGCAGACUAGCCUUUCAAAAAUAUACCUCUAACCUAGAUUGCUGAGCAGAAGGGGCACAGACAUUCAGUAUUGUGUCUAACAUAAUGUUUGUUUAGUUUUCCCUCAAGUAUUUGCACUACUACAUCAUAACUCUUUAGGAUCUGUGUGUAAUAAAGACCCUUAUUGCAAGAAAGAUUGACUGCUAGACCAGGACUGCCAAACGGCAUAACCCUGGGCACUAGAAGACAUGGGCACUGGGGCAUCAAACUGCAUCCCCAAUACUAUUAUUUUUAUUUUAUUUUUUGCUUCAAUUGGCAUUCAAAUAUUACAUUGUCUUUUCAAAUUUAGGUGCAAAAUAAGCACCGUAAUGACUGACUUUUUGUAAUGAUGGGAGGUAUUUGGUAUUGUGAUUCUAGAGGCCCAGUUUUCUUUUACACUAUUUUGGAGCAGGUUGAUUAAAUUUAAAUAUGAGGUUCUGAAAAUAAGCACGCACACACAAAAAUCACAUCCAUUUGAGAUCUCUGGACUAAUCUGUAAAUGGAUGAGGAGUAAACUGCUGCACUCUAAUAGUACUUCCCCCACAUCCUGGUAAUCGUUGUUUGUAUCAAUUCUUAUUACUACUUUGACACGUAAAUCUAGAUAAUGUAAGGUUGUGAGUGCCCAAGACCAUGGAGCUCCUGUGUUUGCAAAUACUUAAACCCACCCAGAAAAAUUUUGUUGGUUUUUAAGCAAAAAUGUGAAUUGCAAGCUACAUCAUUAGAUUUAGACAACAAAUGUAUGACUUGGGAAAUUCUACAAAUCUGCUAUUGUCAGUUUGGUUAUUUAUGCCUAAAUAUGUGAUCUGAUUUUGGAUUGAGCACAGUAUUGCUUAGUGAUUAGCAAUUUAGUAGAGAUAUCACUAAAUAAAGCAUGUUGUUUGGAGAGGGGGGGGAUGGGUACAUGAAAAGUUAGUCUUUCCGUGGCAUGACAGUUAGUUGACCAAUCAGAGGCUUCUCAUAUAAAAACAUUUGUGGUGUAGAUGUGCACACACCUGGGUUGUCAUUCACACUGCUCAGUGAGCUGGGAUAUUUGAGAAAUUUUAGGUGACUUUUUUAUUUUUUAUUUUUUGUAAUUUAAAGACUCAUUACUGUGAGUAUUGAGUAUUAUUGCUGCGGAGCUCUGUUACACACUCAGACACACCAACAUAAAAUUUCAACAAAAAAAAAAAAGUGGGACAUGGGCCAAUAAUGGGGACUGUCCCUCCUAAAUAGGGACACUUGAGUGAUAUGCAGUCUGACAGCGAGGUGGGUAUUCGAGGAGUAAUGUAUAAAAGUGCUAUUUUUCUAUUGAAAUCAGCAAUUUUCUGAAUUGGGAAAAAUACACGCUUUAAACUUGCUUUCUGUAAUGCUUUACAUGUUUAGAGUUUUCCCUUCACCCACAAGAGUAUAGAACACUGUAAUAACAUUAAACUAGGAGCAUAUAGUACCUCAGUAGGAUGCUGUCUUCAGAUUCGGAACUGUCCCUGGAAAUCUAAGACUCUUGGCACGUCUGCGUUACCAUCAUAUAUUGAACAAAAUUAACAUAAAAACCUCCAUUUGCCAUUCAAAAAGACAGGGGCCUGUUGUAUAUAGCAUGGACUGGCUGUUCAUCUACUGGGACCGGUUUGUGUUUAAUUCCAUAACCUCAGCACUAGCAGAUUCUACAAUGGCAUAUUUAUUGACCUUAAUCCCUCCCCCUUGGUGUUCCGAGGCUGCCCUGGGUGACUGCCCUGGUCUAUGGGAUGGGGUAGCAGCCAGCCUGUGUUUACAUUCAGAGUUCUGUGGCUGUAUAAGGAUAAGAGCUGAGCGUGCAGAUGAAUGUUAGUCUGUUCAUCCCCAGAGUCUUUAUUUCUUGUUUAAAGGGAGAUUUUGUAGUUUACACAGUGCUUUAUGAAGUAUAAUAUAACGAACUGCCCCAGGAUUCUCAUUCCAAACAGAUUUACUGAUGACCAAAUCAAAAGCCGUUAUAUAUAUAUAUAUAUAUAUAUAUAUAUAUAUAUAUAUAUAUAUAUAUAUAUAUUGUGCACACAUUACUAUAACAUAUAUAAAUACGUUUCUGAUCAUAUAGCUAUUGCUUUAAAAACUUUUUAAAUGUUACACUGUGCAGUUUGUAGUUCAUCAGCCAUCUUGCUAAGUCUUGGCUAUAAAAAGUGCCAUGCAUGAUGAAUUUUAAGCCCACCGUAGGCUUUUUGAUCUUAAGAUCGUAAACUCGUUUGGUCAGGGCCCUCUUUACCUACUGUUUCUGUUUAAUUGGCCCUGGGCUUUGGAGAAAUACUACCAUGGUGAUUCCAGACCAAAGUUGCUGAACGGAAAAAUUGGCAACUGGAUCGUUUUCCAGUUUGACUAAACCUUUUUAAAAAUGUAUUUAUUUUCUUUGUUAAUGGAGUAAAUCAUGAUGUAUCUUCUCCAAAAUAUUUUGAAAUAAAUCCUCAAUAUCUGAUACCUGGCAUAGAAUGAAUCUAAGCUGCCCAACAGCUAAGACCAACUGCAAUGCCGCAUGUUGUAAUAGACUGUGCCUUGAACGGCAGCUGUUCUGUAGUCUGUCUAGCCAAUGGUAAGUAUCUAUUCUACAAUCCAUAUUUAGCUUCAGCAGCACUUGCAUGCCUUGAAUUGUACACUUGUAUAGUGAAAGUUUUUUUUUUUUAAUCUAAAAAUAUCUGACCAUCCAAACAACUGUUGGAAAAUGCUUGUUGUAGAAUGGGAUUACACUGGCAGGGUUAGUCACUAUUCAUGUUAUUAUUAUUUUCAGCACUUUACACUAAUGGUUCACUAAUCUGAGAUUUACCAGAAAUUCUAAUUGAAUUUCAAAUUCAAGGCCAAAGUAACUGAACUAGGAGCGUAGCGGAUAUGGACAUGUUUCCAGUUUGUCUAGUUUGGCCUUGAAUGUUAAAUUUACUUUUAAAUCCUGACCAUUCUCACUUCAUUAUAUGUGAUGCUCAUGCUAAGUAGUGUAUCACCCGAAACACCGAUGUAAACGGCAGCAAGUUUAAUGUACCAGAAAUACUAGAGUAUAAGCCGAGGCACCUACUUUUACCACAAAAAUCUGGGAAAACGUAUUGACUCGAGUAUAGACCUAGGGUGGGAAAUGCAGCAGCCACUGGUAUCAAAAUGCAAUGCAAAGAUUCAGAUUAUCCCAUGAAUAAUGGGAGCUAGUCACAUUACAGACUAUGCACUUAUUCUCUAAAACCCGAGCUAAUAAAAUACAUUGAAAAAAUCCUCUUUUUAAAGAAUUUGCUGAUUUUUUUUUUUUUUUUUCCUUCACCACCUUAGUGGUCCUUUCCCCUUCUUCCCCUCCCCUCACCUCCUUAGUGGUCCUUUUCCCCAUUGUCCUACCUAUGUAGCACUAACCUCCUACCGGUCACCUAAAUCUACUUCCCCCCGGACCGGUGCGCCCUAGGGAAGCGCUCAUUCGAGUAUAAGCCGAGGGGGGGCUUUUUCAGCAUAAAGAAUUUGUUGAAAAAGUCUGCUUAUACUCGAGUAUAUACGGUAGUUAUUAACCCCUUAAGGACCAAACUUCUAGAAUAAGUCGUGUACUUAAGGGGUUAAACUGGGGUAUGUAAUCUGCACUGGAGGAGACAAGUCUACAGUGGGGAGUGUUGUUAAAACCAUUGUACAUCAGCAAAAAUCCCCCCAAAAAUUAUGGUGGAGCUGAGUAACAGCCCUGCAAGGUUUCCCCCUCCAUUGUAGUUCAGGAGUGGAACACAUGUGAAAAAGCCAAGCACCAUAACUACAAAUAGAUAUAGUGGUUAUAGUGCCAGAAGUGCCCUACUGUCAUCCCUUGUUAAGUAGUCAAAACAUUUGGACUUUGACAACAUACCUGGGUCACGCCACAUCUCCUGCAUACUGUCUUCUCUGGCGGUGGAACCUAGUUUGCUAUUCAGAGCAAAGCAGAACAUGUCUCAUUGGCUGAGACCAUUUGCUUAGUGUCGCCACUGGCCAUGCUUCAUUCUGCAGACAUCCGACUUCUCUUGCAUGAAAAGAAUGGAUGUGUUGUGUACAUCGGAGGUGCCAAGGUAUGUUGCUAAUCUAUAGUAAAAAGGUUUGACCACUUGGCGUCGAUUGUAACCAGGGCACUGCUGGCACCAUAACCAAUAAAGCAAGCUGAAGUUUUAUGAUGGUUGGACUUUUCCUUUAUUCAGUGCUUUCUGGGGAGAUAUGUCUCGUGUUACCAAAGAAGUCCACCAGAAAAUCACAAUGGUAGGACAAUAUUGAAGGAUACGAUAUUGCCGUGUUUAGUAUAGAAAUGUAGCACUAUCCAGUUGUAUACUCUACCAUAGGUAGUGUAGUGGUUUUAACUAUAAACUUAGCAGGCUUAUCUGUUAUUCAGGAUAACAUGCCAUCACUAACGUUACAUAUCCCUGUUCUGUGGAGCUCCCUCUAUAUAUUGUUUGAAUUACUGAUUGUUACGGUUACCAUUUGUUCGCUUGAUACAGUCUAUCUGAGGUUUGGUUUGCUCAAUGAGAAUGCUUUGACUUUCAAAUUGCUGAUCUAAGAUGUUUAGCUGGACACAGCCCAAAAUACUAUUACACUGCAGAACGGAAGCCCAUCUCUAGCGUAGGAUGUGGGUCACCUCACCUGACACGGUGUAUCCCAUGUAUUCCUGCCCUUAAGGAAUCUCUAGUUUUCAGUACUGUAAGUAGGCCUGGAUUGAGGCAGCAUGUUAUGGGGGAUUUGGUUAGAUCAAAUCUAUUGUGGUUCAAACUGUACAUAGAUCAGAGCUGUAUUGGCCAUGGUCCCACUGACUCCAUUCGGAACAGGUCAAUAAAGUUUCAUAUACUCGAGGUAUAGUGAUACAUGUAGAAAUCCAACAUUUUACUGUACCAAGUAUGAGAGGUUUGCAUUAAUAGCCUAAUAGAGGGUCAAAUGUUAGUGGAUUGUUUUAAGGGUUUUUGACUGCUUGCUCGCUGGAAAAAAAUUAGUUUUGCCAAAUCCUGAAUUUGAAGAUUAUAGAUAUCAUGCCGGUAAUGUAUGAAGUUUGGUAAGAUAAAUUGUACUUUAUUACCAGGAAAGAUUAUAUAUCCCUCAUUCGUAUUUACAUGUAUGGUAAGUAGGGCAUUUAUAUUUUGUUGUACCCUGGCGAUCUUUAUAUUGUCGCCCUCUCACAAUACACAGAAAAAUAUUUUCUCCUGUACUUGUAACCAGUGCCUGCAAAUGUCAUGUCGUAAUAGACUAGAAUCUAAGGUGUUCUCCUAAUUAAGGCGUUGUCCACUAGACCAGACCACACAUCUUUAUGAUGUAACCUUUCACCUGUCACUCAUGGGUAAGGAGGGACAUCUCCACAGUCGUCAGAAUACAUUUUUGUUCAGGUCCCGUCAGCUUUGCAAUUUGCUUGGAAAUCUACUUUAGAGCAAUUUUUAGAGUUGUUGUCUGGGUCAUUCAGACCAUUUUAGAUUAAUUCUGACUGGCUCCAAUUUGAAGCUUAUGUGGAUGAAAUAAGCUGUAGGUUUACAAUUAUAGGAGGAUGCUAAGUAGGUUGAAUUAUUUAUAUUCCCCAAAGCUAUACAUUCCAGUUGCCUUGAAUUUCUCUAAAUUUGGAAUAAUUGAUCCUUUGACAAUCCUCGGCUGUUUAAAAAUAGAGAAUUCUAUAUAUCACAAGCAGUGAGCUCUCUGCCGGUGUUUCCUACUUUGUCAGUUAUCUGUUUUGGUGUUUUUUGUUUUUUUUCCUGAGGAAAAGGAAUGCAGAGAAGGGAGGGUAUUUUCUUUGGAACCUUUUUUUUUAUUUUGCCCUCUCAACAAAACAAAGGAGCUAGAGGUCACAGAAAAAACUAGACUUGUAUGAUGAGAGGUCUUAUGUCCUUGUCCAAUUACAUGGGUAUCGAAUCUUUAUGUAUCCCUGUAGUUAGAAUGUCACAGCUAUUCUCUCCACCAGCACCAAGUAACUCAUCUUCUGACCCUCACUUUGACCUGUAUGGCUUGUAUUUUCAUUUAUGGGGAUAGGAUAUCUAAAGGAUUUUUUAAAAGUCUUUAGUUUGAUGUACUGAAGAACCGUGAGAAGGUGAUUCUCUGCACGACGACCAAAAAGUUGUCUGUGUUACACUUGUUAACCUGUUCCUACAUCAAUCAUAAAUUAUGGUCAUUUGUAGUAGCAUGUCAUUUGUUUAAUGUAUGGUUUAAUUACCUGCAAAAUUUCUCAGUGCAGAUACAUAAAAUAAGUCACACUUACAUUAAAACAUAGGACAUGAUUACAAUCUGUCAAAUGAUCUCUAUCAGCAAAGUAAUACCUGCUGAUAUGCUGUUAAUGAUGUCUGUGACUCUUCAAUACUUUUUAACAAAACUUUUCCCAUGAUCGGUGUGACAAAAAAGGCCCUAUAUAUAAGUAUAUAAGUUACGUAGUCAGUCUUAGACGGUCACAAUCGGUACAAAGAUGAUUUCUGGACACAUUAACUGGACAGUUUUUAGCCUAGGGCAGCACAAAACCAGGAUACACCACUGGUCAUAACGCACACUAAAAGUAGACUGAACAGCAUAUGGUUAAGCCAUACUAUAAGAAUGAGUAGAUUUCACGCUACCUAAGAAAUGGCUUCCAUAACAAUGUAUAACUCAGGGAAGGAGUUUAUUGUGUGGUCUGGUAGAUUCCUCAUUCAAUAGACAAUGUAAAUUUGUUCACACCACGUCACACUUGGUGUGUGGGCAGGAGUGGCACAGCUGUGUUAUUUUCUAUAGCCUGCAAGUUUAUUGGUUCCUGUUACACCUUCAGAUAGAGGAGGAGUGUGUGCUAACAUUACCUUACAAAGACUAACUUGGUAUUAAAGGGACACUCGACUCCUAAAGCCUUUUAGCUUGCUGAAGCAAUUUGUGUUUUUUUUUUUUUUCAUUUGAGAGUGCAGAUUUUAAUAGAAACUGGUACUUUUAUAAAUUAACCUUGUUACACCCCCUAGGUUGUCAGACAACCAUUCCAAUUACUUGCUGGUUUGUUUAGCUGGCAGGCAAUUGCUCGGAGCACCUGCUUUGAAUAGACGUCUCAUUGAGCUGCAUUGGGAAGUCUGUGAUUGGACAGCUACUGAAAGUGUGGGCUGGGGAAGAAGGGAAGGGCUUCUAAAUGCUUCAUGCAAGAGAACUACAGCUUUUGCAAGUGUUGUUUGUUUUUGAACAGUGGAGUGUCCCUAUAAGAGCCGCACCAUAAUUAAGAAAUAAUUGUUCUGGGUAUGCCCUACCAAUUUUUUGUGCUGCUAUGAUAGUUGUCAAAAAUUAUAUUAAAUUGUAAUUAAAAGAAGAAAGAGCUCUUUUAGAAAAAAAAAUGUUUCUCUUUUGCAAUCCUUCUAUCAGUCACCUUUCAGGAAGAGGAGUGACACAAAAUCAGCCAAUCCCUGGUCUAUAACAAAAUCCUGUGUGACCUCUAAACCCCAUUGAAAAUUCUGUCAGUCACGCUCACGCAUAGCCCUUCCAACCUUUUUUCUUAAAGUUGUACUCCAGGCACCUGCUUGAUUGGAAAGAAACAUACCUUUUUCCAAGCCAGUUUUGUAAAGGGCGAGUCACUGGCUGAGAGCAUCAUGGCGGCACUCCACACUUUCUGAAUCUGAUCUUUAAAAAGCCGGAUGCCGGAGAUUGGCACUGUAUGCAAAUUCGGUGUUAAACCAUUCAAAAACUUAACCCCGAAGGUAAGAAUGCGCCCAGGGGACUCCUGGCACAACUACAUAUAGAUUACGGUACACUAUGGUUUAUACCUAAACUGUCCCUUUAAGUGAAAUAUUAAGCAAAUGGAAUAUAUCCGUGUGUGCGUAUCAUUCAUGAACUUGCAAUAUAAAGAAUAUAUGUUCAAAGUAAUUAACAAGGCAGAGUACGUUCUGCAAUUUCCAACAUCUUCCUUGAAUUUGUUUGCAGUUCAAAAUAGAAUAGGCACUACAUUUUAGAUACUACAUUGAAAGUUCUUAUCUAGUAACCUGAAUCUAGGUGACUUGCAGGUGAAGAACAGAAAUUAAAGGGACACUCCACACCCCUAAAGCCAUACAGCUUGCUGAAGUGCUUUGUGUGAAGAGUAUUUUUAUAUUUUACAAAUAGAAAUUUUUAAAGUAAGUGUUGCACACACCCAGCGGUCAAUCAGACAUUCAGUCCUGUUACUUCCUGGUUAGUUUAGCUCACUGGAGCUAAACUCAAGAGGCAGCAAUUGCUCAGAUCACCUGCCUUGCAAAGACUUCUCAUUGAGCUGCUUCGGGAAGUCUGUGAUUGAACAGCCACAGAAAGUCUUGGCAGGGUUAGAAAGGGAGAGCUUGCAAAGGCUGCAGACAAGUUUAUUUUUUCUUAUUCUAGCUCUCCUAUGUAUAUUCCGUGGAAAAACAUGAGCGCAUUUGCUGCACACUACAUGGGCAAUAUUGGCCACUAGGGUCUCCAUAAUAAACAAAGAUGUACAGGGAACCGUGUUGUAGAGCUCUGUGCCAAAACACAUGCAGAAUCCUACUCAAUCAAGGAUGAGCAAUAGUGUUACCAGCGAUUAUUCAUGUUCUUAAAAGAUGGCACUAAGAGAUUUAAUUAUAACAGAUAUGACUUCAGUUCAACAUAUUUUUUAAAGUUUGAAAACUUUUGAUUUUUAAUAAUAUUUGAUUGUUACAUCUUCUAAAAAAACAUCCCUCUCAAUGCUGCAGAAUCGGAAAGGUGGUGAAUGUUUGUGUAGCAGGACUGGGUACAACUUACAAAGUCAAAGCAUAAGGGGGUUUAUUCACUAAAUACUGUAAUAGAAACCGAAUUUCAAAAUCUAGGCUAAAAUAGCAUUCUGCUAAAAUCACAGUCGGGAUUUAGCCUAAAUGUUUUAAUAUAGGGUUGUUGGGGUUUAUUUUUUUUAUUUUUAUUUUUAAUAUAUAAAAUUCAAAAAAUAUAAAAGCACUGGAAAAGGAUAGUGAAUUAUUAAAAAUUUUCCUGGACACAAUAACUGUCACAUCCCUCCUAUUUCUCUGUUUGCCCCAUGGGUCCCACUUACAUUCCCGGCUAAGCAGUGACAUCACAGUAUUUCCUUCCUCUAGGAAGUGUAUUUCCCUCCAGGUGAAUUCUGGGAGCUGUACUUUAUGAAGUGUAUAUGUCUGCCGUUCACAUCAAAAGACAGCCACACAUAGUGUUUAUCCGGUCCUAUGUUUAUCUGUAUGUUUUUAUCCAUGGUGCCUUUUGAGACUCAUUUGUCAUAAACUGAAGAGGAACACACAUGUUGACAGCACAGUGUUUGUUUCCAUUUUAAGUGAUGUCUAUUUAAAAUGCAUAGGAAGUAUUGUUAUUUUUAAAGCAUGUAACUUCUUGACAAUGGCACGUUCUGACACAAAACAAAUUGUCGGUAAUGCCAAAUUAGCAGGGUCAAUGUGAGGACACUGAAUUAACUUGGAAGAGUACGGUUAUCUACAGUACACAAUCAUUUUAUAUGGAUUAUGCUAUUUCUUUACACACAUAAUAUACCGUUUUAGAGAAUAGCAAAGUAAGUAAUGAUGUGUGUGUUUAUGUUUUUUUUUGUGUGUGUGUAUUGCUACUAUAUAUAAUAUAUGCUAUCUUUCUUAUUUCAUAACUUAAUAACUAUCACAACAGAACAAGCACUAUAUAUAUAUAUAUAUAUAUAUAUAUAUAUAUAUAUAUAUAUAUAUUGCUAUUAAAUUUGUAAGCUUAAACUUAAACCCAGAUAAAACGAAGCUGGAAUUUUUUUAACAUGAUAAUGGAAUACAUUUGCUUUAAAUGUACCGAUUCUAGAUUUUAUUGAACACAGAAAGGUGUGUGUGUGUGUGUGUAUGGGGGAUAUAUAUAUAUUUAUAAAUUUUAUUUAUUUUUUCAAAUAAUUUGUGGUGAGACCAAACCUCAUUAAACUACCGACAAUUUGAUGCAGAUUGAAAAAUUGCUGUUGUGCAUCACCUGUAUAUCUUUACCUCAAGCUGGGAUUUGAGAAGCCUGCCUUAGGAUGUAUGUGCAUAUAUUCUUCUUUAUUACACCAUCCAUGACAAAAUAUAUAAAUGUUAUCUACUUUUGUAGUUGUUCUGGUGAGUAUAAUCAGUCCCUGUAGGCUUUCUAAUGUAAACACUGCCUUUUCAGAGAUAAGGUAGUGUUUACAUUUAAAACCUAGUGAUAACUCCACUGGCCACUCCUCAGAUGGCUACUAGAGGUGUUCCUGGGUCAGUGCUGCAGUGUGCAGCACUGAUGUUCACCAUCCCCACGCUCUGCAUGGAGACUUUGAACUGUCCCCAUAGAGAGGCAUUGAUUCAAUUCAUCUCUGAGGAGAUGCUGAUUGGCCAGUGUAACAGACCGCCUGCCACCCCGACCGGGUGCCUCCAUCAAUCGAUGCUCUUAGUACUCACCGAGGACUCCAAGCACUCCACCAGACACAAUCAGCACUGUAGACCCCUAGCUGCCGUAGCUUGGCUGGGGAUCUCGCCAUCCCUUCUCACCCUGGACCAAACUCCUGAUUCCAGCUCCCAUUGGGAAGGCCUCUCCUCCAAGAGCAGAUAGCUGUGAAGCUCUUACAAGAGCUAGUGGGUAUAGCUUGUACAGCAGGUCCCUACUAGCCCGAGGCGUGGCUCUAUGUUGAGGGUAAAGCAGGAAUGGUUUAAUAGUAACCACACUGGCCUUUUAUGCGAGUCCCUAAGCAAGAGUGACACCCACAUGGACCUUGUUGGGGACAGGGACACAAACAUAGACCAAUGAUAACCAAGUUACAAUCUAAGGCACUCCCACACAUGUCAUAGAAUCGGUCCUCUGCCUGGGAGAUAAUUGAGUCAGCUACUGUAUUAACCCAAUUAUCUCCAGGCAGAAAAAAAACACAUUUCUAAAAAGUCCCAAAAGUACCCCAAAACACAUAAUAUCCCCACAAAAGUUACAUUCCCUGAUAUCCUGGAUCUGGGUAACCAACACAUCCAAAAAUCACCCAGAUCAGUUCAGGGGUUCAAGAAUUCUAAAGAAGUCAUAUUUUGACCGGCCGCAUGCAUUGUUCCAAUGCCCUAAACAGUUCCAUAGAAUCAGGCUGUGCGGCUGGUCUACUUCGGGGAUUCAAAGUACAGUUCGAAAUACCAAAGCAGUUUGUGGAGAAUGCCAUUAUAUGUCUCUCUUGUUUGUGAGAGUCUUUUUACCGAACGCUGUUCGACUCCCGUUCGAAUAGCCAAACAUCCAUGGAAGGUAACAUUUUAGCGGUGUUCAUGCCGUCAAGUGUCCGAUUUGAGUUACAUGAACUCGACAACCAAACACCGCCCAUUGUACUCGCGGCUUAAGCUGGCCGCGCCACGUGAUCGACUGGCACUUUGAAUGGGUUCGGGAGUUCACAGUGCCAAUUCGAAAGUUUGAAUGGUUCCUGUUACCAGUCCCAACAGGCAUAGAUAGGGUUUAACUCAGGGGCCAUAGUCACACGGUAAGAGGCUGGCAAGUAUGCCCUUCCAAGGACCCUUGACGAGGUCCAGUUUGUCACAGCCAGGGAAGCAUUUGGCUCAUCCUGCCCUACCUCUUUGGUUCAGAUCACCAGAAUUGACGAUCUUGGCAAAUCCAAUGCUUUCCUAUGGCAAAACAUUGUGAUUGGUUAACAUCAGAAUUGAUGAUCUCAGCCAAAGAUGCUAUUCAGGAGCGGUGCCGGUGGACCUGCAUAGCACUGGGGAAAAAAGUGAGUUUCUACUUAUAGGGGGGAGGGAGGGGUGCAAGGGUAUUUAGCAGGGGUUUAUUUAUUUAUUUAUUCAAACACUAUAGUGUCAGGAAUGCACAUUUGUGUUCCUGACCUUAUAGUGUUCCUUUACAUACUUAAAGGGACACUAUAGUCACCUGAACAACUUUAGCUUAAUGAAGUAGUUUUGGUGUAUAGAACAUGCCCCUGCAGCCUCACUGCUCAAUGCUCCGCCAUUUAAGAGUUAAAUCCCUUUGUUUAUGAACCCUAAUCACACCUCCCUGCAUGUGACUUGCACAGCCUUCCAUAAACACUUCCUGUAAAGAGAGCACUAUUUAGGCUUUCUUUAUUGCAAGUUCUGUUUAAUUAAGAUUUUCUUAUCCCCUGCUAUGUUAAUAGCUUGCUAGACCCUGCAAGAGCCUCCUGUAUGUGAUUAAAGUUCAAUUUAGAGAUUGAGACACAAUUAUUUAAGGUAAAUUACAUCUGUUUGAAAGUGAAACCAGUUUUUUGUUUUCAUGCAGGCUCUGUCAAUCAUAACCAGGGGAGGUGUGGCUAGGGCUGCAUAAACAGAAACAAAGUGAUUUAACUCCUAGAUGACAGUGAGUUGAGCAAUGAAAUUGCAGGGGAAAGAUCUAUACUCUAAAACUGCUUUAUUUAGCUAAAGUAAUUUAGGUAACUAUAGUGUUCUUUUAAUGUUCUCUGUAAAUAUUGUCUCUUUACAACUGAUUACUCCCUUACAUUACUCUCAUACAUGGCGGUAUUAAUAAUAAUAAUAAUAAUAUUAUUUAUAAAGCGCCAACAAGUUCCGUAGCGCUGUACAAUGGGUGGACUAACAAACAAGAAUUUGUAACUAGACGAGUUGGAUACAUAGGAACAGAGGGAUUGAGGGCCCUGCUCAAUGAGUUUAAAUGCUAGAGGGAGUGGGGUAUAGUGACACAAAAGGUAAGGUCAGUGUAGAAAAGUAGGUUGCUAGGAUAGUGUUUAUUGAGGGCUUUAGUGUUUCGUUUUGAUGACAGUUGCAGGAGAGGAAUCAUGGUGUGGGGAGGCAAAGCUGUUUUAUUGAUAUGCUUUCCUAAAGAAGUACGUUUUUUCAAAGAUUUUUUUUGAAGGCGUGGAGAUUGGUUAAAUGUCUAACAGAGAGAGGAAGGGUGUACCAUAGGAAUGAUGCAGCCCUAGAGAAGUCUUUUAAGGUGAGCAUCAGAGGUAGAAGCACGAACAGUGGUUAGACGUAGGUCUCCGGCAGAACAUAGGGGGCCUAGACUGGUCAUUUUUGUGUAUUCUUGAGGAUAAGUAGGUUGGAGCAGCAUUGUGUAGAGAUUUGUAAGGAUCUUAAAUUGAGUCCUAUAUCUUACUGGAAGCCAAUGUAGGGACUGAUAAAAGUGGAGGCAUGGGCGGUGCGAGCGGACAGAAAGAUGAGCCGCAUUCUUUAUGGACUGUAAUGGGGUAAGUUGGAAAAACGUCCACAGAGAAGCGGAUUAAAGUAGUCAAGGCGGGAGGGGACAGCGCAUGGACAAUCACCUUUUCCAUAUCAGGCAUUAGAUUCAGAUGCACGCAAUAUUUUUGAGAUGGAAGCGGCAGGAUUUGGCGAUUGAUUGGACAUGAGGGGUGAAGGAGAGGUUUGAGUCAAAGAGAACAACUAGGCAGCGAGCCUUAGAGGUAGAGCGGAUAGUAGCACCAUUGACUUGGAGGGACACAGACAAGAGAGUAGCAACACUUGAGGGAGGGAAGACCAGAAGAUAUGUUUUAGACAGGUUCAGUUUAAGGAAAUGAGCAGCCAUCUAUUUGGAAAUGGCAGAGAUUCAUUCAGAGACACGAGUCAAGAGGGGUGGUGAUAAAUCAGUGGAGGACAGACAAAUUUGUGUGUCAUCCGCAUAGAAAUUAUACUUGAAGCAAGGAGCUGAUGAGUUUACCAAGGGAGGCAGUGUAGAUUGAGAACAAUAGGACAGACACUUGGGGAACACCAACAGAGAAGGAUUGGGGAGAAGAGGCAGAGCCAGAGAAAGAAACAUGCUGGGAGAGGUAGAACAGUAAACACCACAAUCCUUCAGUAAGUCAGCCCUCCCUUGUGUGUAUAUACGUCACUAGUGGCCUUUAUUAAUAGCUUCACAUAAAAGUAAAAUUUAAAAGGGCAGCCAAAUUACUAUUACUAUUGUUCAAAAGUGCUAAAUGUGUGGGUGAUGGGGCAGCUGAUGGAUCCAGUUGUGACUGAAAGAAACUCAGGAGGGAAUAAUCAUUCUUGAAGGGACAGGAGAGAGCAUUAGGAGUUGUUUGGCAUUGUGUGUGGGUUUCCUUUUGUAUUCUGAUUAAAAGCAAAACUCACAAUUGGUCUCAAGACCUGUCCCUUUAAUGUCCUACUUUUGUGAUAGAAUUAGUACAAGGUGACAACUCGUUUUAUUAGCUACCGGAAUUAGAACCCCAGACUCCUCUUUUUCUAUUUUAAUACCCAGUCGUAAAAGAGGCUUUGAUCCAAAGGGGAAAUAAAAGACGCAAUACUAGCCAGACCUUAAAAUUAAGCAGAACUGUGAGUCGCUCAUGUUUCACAAACUCUGCUGCCGUAUUAAAGGCAAGUGAAAUAAUUCACUAAUCUAGGAAUUGUGGAGAAUUGAUAGUGAUUUUAAGUUUAAAAUAGUUUAAAUUGAGUAAAAUUGGCAAUUUUUUAAUGUUUUUCGAGCCUGCCUAUUUUGGCUUAAAAUUUAGUUAUCAUAUCAAUACUCAACAGAUAAGGAAAUAUGGGACAACCAUCAGAAUACAUUAAAUGUCUAGGACCUCUCUCACUUAACUGUAAUAUUUUUGGUCGUCUGUAAAAACAUAAGUGCAAGGCUCACUCUUUCUUUCUCUGUACAAAUCUGCCUUUUAGCAAGAGUUUAUACUGCUGAAUCCUGAUGUACCAAUAUCUUGAUUAUGCUUUGAAAAUGUAUGUGUGUAAAAAAAAUAAAUAAUAAUAAUUCACCUAAUCGGCAUAUUUUACACAGCCAUUUUCUGAUCCCCUACGGUGUAUAUGUUAUUUGCAUUCUGUGUGAGAUUUAGCAAAUGCGUCAAAUUGUCUCCCAUGUCAGCGUCGGCCCUCACCAGAGGGGAAACUGUGCAUCCUCUGUUUACAGAUAUAAAUAAACUUGGCUCUUCGGAUUCCCUUUUGGCUCUACUUCAAUCCAGGAAAUGUUAACAGUGCCGAUAGAUUUUUCCAUGAGUGCUUGUUAUUAGAAUAAAAUAAAAUAUAUAUAUAUAUAUAUAUAUAUAUAUAUAUAUAUAUAUAUAUAUAUAUAUUGGGCCAGUGGGCCCACAACUUAAACGAAAAACAACAUAAUGCAAUUGCUUACAAAAAGGUUCAUAUUGACCAAGGCAAAAACAGGUGCUGUUGUGGAGCAAAGAACUAAAUAAGGUGACAUCUCCGUGGAGCUUGAGACGCAAAGUGAGGGGGACUUAUUUCAUUGUACAUAUUGUAUACAAGGCACUGAGCCUAGUUUUUAUUUUAUUUUAUUUAUUUAUUUAAAAUCGGUGUUUUUGUUUUUUUAUAUACCUGUCAUAACAAUUUCAUCCCUAAGAAGAAUGUUGAAACUAGCAGGGAUAUUCAAAAUGGCGAAUAAAGAAUUGCCAGGGUUUCAAAGUGAAUUUCAUAAUUAAAAGCAAAAUAGUUGAACUGAAAACUGAUUUGACUUGCAGAAUUUUUUGAAUUUGGUUAUUGUAACUUUCUUACACUUUGGGUUCCUAUCAACUGUCCAUUUUAGUUAAUAACCCUGAAAACUUAAUGAAACUGAAAACCGGGCAGACAAAUACUACUGUGAAUCAGCAGAUGCUGCAAACUGAUGUGUUCAUAUUUUAGCUCCAGCUCUCUGGAUUUUUGAGAGGUUAAUAUGAAAUGGAGUGGACUAGGGAAGAGCAAAAUAAAGGCAAAAUGAGUGGGACUGAGUCAGUGCUGGAUGCAUCCCCUUCUAGAAAAGGGGGACAUUAGGAUAGAAAGGAGGGUUUUGAGCCCAAGAUAGGGACUGUCCCUGUCAAAUAAGGAUGCUUGGGAGGUAUGAGUAGGGUCCCUGUUUCUUUGGCACUAGAACUUAUUUAUAGUUUGCUAUUACUGUUCUCAUUACUGAUCUAAAAUAGCACAAAGGAAAUAGUUUCCGGUUAAUCGGUCAUGCAAAGAAUUCUGUGAUUAUGGCACUAUAUUGCGUGGGCAGGUGCUUUUGGUCCCAGGAUGAUAAGAAUCUUAACAGUGUUCUGAAGGUCACAAUCCAUAUAAUUCUGAAUGGCCUUAUUUCAACCACAAAACUAUCUUGUAAUAUUUCUCCAAAGAAGGGAGAAACAAUUCCCCUAUGUCUUCAGGAGGAUAUCACUUAUCAGUUCCUGGAGGGAAUGAGUAAGAACUGUGUAGUACUACUUUAAUCAUCCCCCCCCACACACACACACACACUGUUAAUGCCCGUCCUUUUCUUGAAUAGGCAUAAUAGCAACUCACCACUUCCUUGCUGUGUUUACAAUUUAUUUUCCAUAUGGACUUUUAGAUAAACCAGACAGACUGAGAAACUAUUUUACACUAAUAUUCUAAAAAAAACUGAAUUGAAAGUGCACUGUGUCCCAGCUGCCUAUAUUUUUUUUUUUUAUUUUAAUUUUUUUAUUGCCUAGCAGGUGGGUGAGAGAAUUCUACUGCAACAUUUUAAGAUAAUUUGUGCAGUUUUUCAUGGAUCGUUGUAGAGUAAAGACUGGAAGCUCAUGCAGUGAUGAGUGAGGCGUGCAGCAAAACCUGGAAAGCUUGUGCCAAUUCAAAUGUUGGACAGCAUAAUGUAACCUGAGUCGGCACUGGGUGCAUUCCAAAUCUGCCCACACAGAAUCAAUGGACCAAUAUUGGUUCAUAAAAUGCUGAGUUUAAGUACUGUCCCACUGUCAAGAUUUGAAACAUUUUGAGUGGUUUGAUACUAGAGUCCCUGAGGUACCCAUGGUCCGGUCCCUCUUCAGAUAUCCCUGAACCGGAAGUUACAGUUCAACAUUAAUCAUAUCAAGUAUGUGAAUUUUUUUGCCGGAGCACCGUUGUGCCAAGUUUAGCUCGGUAAUGAAGUACAGAAAUCCCUCCUCAUUUUGAUGUCAGCAGUGAUGUUGACCUUUUGGGUGUGAUGUGCUCCUUAUUUUUAUUUUUUUGUGUCAGAAAUCUAUUUCACCAAACCCAAUGGAAAUGUGCAAGAUUCUUUGUGGGAAAAUAUCUACAAAAAACUGUAGUAGUUAUAGUAGUGUUUUUUUUUUUUUGUUUGUUUUUUUAAGAACCUUUUUAAAUGCCAGAGUCUGAACUAAAACCUCCUAUUGUUGUUGUUUUUAUUUAAAUACAAUAUGCUGGGGUACAGAAGCCAAAAAAAGCACCGCCCCGCCACUUCCAGACUGCAAUUUUAUUAUUUUUGUGUAAAAGUAUCCGCUUGUUGUUCUAGUGCGCAGAUGUACAAUGAUGAUCCAUUAUGGCUCCAUGCCCCACUUAUUUUGUACACGCUCCAGCUCAUGGGCAUCGAGCUGCUAUGGUUACAUCAGUUUAUAAAAGGGGACACAAUUUCUUCUAAAUUCACCAAGACUAUGAUGAGAUCACUUCAGCAUUUCCUCCCUGAUAGACAUGUGCAGUGACUCUGGGGUCAUUGUGGGUUAGUGGGGGAGAGGUGCAAUUAAUUGACCUGCUAAUUUAAAUAAUAACCACACUGAUCCUAAAAUACAAGCAUUAGCUAAGAGGUCUGCUAUGUGACUGUGUGUAAAGGAUGAAGGGGCAACUCUGUUCUUGAAAGACUAGCGCUUUUGUUCAUAUCUUGUCCCUUUUAUUUAUGUAUAUUGGAAUACAGACUUAUAUUUUUAAGUUUACUGAAUAUACGUGAUUGCCGAAAAGUGACCGUAAGUGAUGUAGCUCCCUUUUCUCCUUUCAAGUAGAUUAUCAUUUUUUGUUUUGGUUCCUUGGACCAAUAACUCUUUUUCAGAUGGUCUCAUUUAGACACAUUUUAAGACUAACUUAUAGAUCGCAUAUUAAUAUAUGAUGAUUGUAUUGUAAGUGACACUAUCAUGAGCUAUCCUUGCAAGACUUUGUAAAUUCAUUUUUACAAUGUUGCUCUUUCUAAAUUAAUGAGCGUAGAUUGGAUUAGCGCAGCAUUUCCCAAUUGGUGUUCUGCGAACCCUGGGGUUCCAGGGUUCAAAACCGCAAACCAAGUUGUCCAGGAACUGCACGGUUACCUCACGCCAAAAAACGUUACAUAACAUACACGGCUAAGUCCCGCUGAGGUGACCAGGAACCCACGAAAUCCUCAUGCCGAAUUCUGUUCCAUAACCAUCGCUAAGUGGUGCUGAGGACAAUUUGUGGGUUUGGUUCAUGCAAACGGCCGCCAGAGAGUCAGCUUUCAGUUCCAUUCGCAGGAAGGGAAAGGCCCGGAUCAGGUGACCUAGGGCAAGCUACUAAUGGCAGUUGGGGAAAUUUAACUCCCGAACAGAGUCUUUGUAUAUGGCCCAUAGUCCUGUAGCAGGAGGCUAGCUAGCAGGCUCCUCCAGGAGCUUGUGGCAUAGGCACGUUUGCCACAAUUUGCAUUAAUACUUGUGGUAAAGAUACCUGGUUUGAUAUGCAUGCCUUUAUGUUGUAGAAUACCAUGUACGUAAGACUUAUCCUGGCCCAAACUGGAAGAGAGUCACUAACUGGAAAUUUUGGUAAUGUGAUUCCAGAAAGCCCUACUCACUCCUGCCUUAUUAAAGGACCACUAUAGGCACCCAGACCACUUCAGCUUAAUGAAGUGGUCUGGGUGCCUGGUCCAGCUAGGUAUAACCCUUUUUUCUAUAAACAUAGCAGUUUCAGAGAAACUGCUAUGUUUAUAUUAGGGUUAAUCCAGCCUCUACUGGCUGUCUCAUUGACGGCCGCUAGAGGCACUUGCGUGCUUCUCACUGUGAAAAAAUUUCCUAUGAGACUGGCUGAAUGCGCGCGUGGCUCUUGGCGCGCAUGCGCAUUCAGCCGAGGAGGAGGAGAGAUGGAGUUCCCUGCCCGCUGCUGGAGAAAGAGGGAAGUUUAACCCCUUCCACCCCCUAGAGCCCUGGCGGGAGGGGGGCCCUGAGGGUGGGGGUACCCUCAGGGCACUAUAGUGCCAGGAAAACAAGUGUUUUCCUUUCACUAUAGUGGUCCUUUAAAUCAAUAAUGAGAGAGGACGGAGAAUUAACUUGAGGAAAAAAUGGGAAACUUGUACAAGUAAAGGAAAUAUCUGCUUCCUCUGGAUAAAUUACUGAGUGCUCAAGCAUGUGUGACCCUAAAGGGAGAAUCCAUAGAUGGGUUUAUCAUAAAAGAAUAAAAUUGGAAAGGGACAUUCGGGGAGACAACGGGAGAAAAAGAUGGAUAGUAGAAUAUAAAGUGUCCUGUUAAUCUCCUGGUUGGUAUAUAUUUUAUUGCACAUAGAAGGCUUAUCAAUAAACUGCAAUCUUUAAGUUUGGAUUCCAAUAUUGUUGAAUGGGUAAGACAGUGGCUGAGUGACAGGCAACAGAGGGUUGUAGUUAAUGGAAUAUAUUCAAAGCUUGGACUUGUCACCAGUGGGGUACCUCAGGGAUCUGUACUUGGACCCAUUCUCUUUAAUAUUUUUAUUAGUGAUAUUGCAGAAGGUCUUGAUGGUAAGGUAUGUCUUUUUGCUGAUGAUACUAAGAUAUGUAACAGGGUUGAUGUUCCAGGAGGGAUAAGCCAAAUGGCAAAUGAUUUAGGUAAACUAGAAAAAUGGUCAGAAUUGUGGCAACUGACAUUUAAUGUGGAUAAGUGCAAGAUAAUGCAUCUUGGACGUAAAAACCCAAGGGCAGAGUACAGAAUAUUUGAUAGAGUCCUAACCUCAACAUAUGAGGAAAGGGAUUUAGGGGUGAUUAUUUCUGAUGACUUAAAGGUAGGCAGACAAUGUAAUAGAGCAGCAGGAAAUGCUAGCAGAAUGCUUGGUUGUAUAGGGAGAGGUAUUAGCAGUAGAAAGAGGGAAGUGCUCAUGCCAUUGUACAGAACACUGGUGAGACCUCACUUGGAGUAUUGUACACAGUACUGGAGACCGUAUCUUCAGAAGGAUAUUGAUACCUUAGAGAGGGUUCAGAGAAGGGCUACUAAACUGGUUCAUGGAUUGCGGGAUAAAACUUACCAGGAAAGGUUAAAGGAUCUUAACAUGUAUAGCUUGGAGGAAAGACGAGACAGGGGGGAUAUGAUAGAAACAUUUAAAUAUAUAAAGGGAAUCAACACAGUAAAGGAGGAGACUAUAUUUAAAAGAAGAAAAACUACCACAACAAGAGGACAUAGUCUUAAAUUAGAGGGACAAAGGUUUAAAAAUAAUAUCAGGAAGUAUUACUUUACUGAGAGGGUAGUGGAUGCAUGGAAUAGCCUUCCAGCUGAAGUGGUAGAGGUUAACACAGUAAAGGAGUUUAAGCAUGCAUGGGAUAGGCAUAAGGCUAUCCUAACUAUAAGAUAAGGCUAGGGACUAAUGAAAGUUUUUAGAAAAUUGGGCAGACUAGAUGGGCCGAAUGGUUCUUAUCUGCCGUCACAUUCUAUGUUUCUAUGUUUCUAUUUUAGAUAGAAUGUGUUGUUAAUAAUUAUCCAAACCUACAUUUUACUAGCUGAUUGCUAAAUAUGGUUUCUUAUAUUCACGUUAUAUGCUACAGGAACAUCUGAAAAUGACUAAUGAGGAAUCCUCGAUAAUUUUAACUUUCUUGUAUACUGCUUUGAAAAAAAUAUUUAUUACUUACAAACUGUAGUAGUCUACUGUUUUUGGAGAGGUGUCUAUUUUUAAUUUUCUUUUAUUAGUUAGUUAUUUUAAAGCUAUUUUGGUCUCAUUUUGCUCUCUGCUUUGUUAAUCACUCCUAUUUUAUUCGAUAGCCGUUCAUUCCCUCUCAAUACACGUAUUACAACCUUACAAUCAAUCAUAUCUAGGCCCCAAGACUUAUUCACUUCAUGAAAUCCCCACCAUCAUUCUGCUUAUAAUUAUUUAUUUGUAUUUUUUUUGUUUCCAUUGCUGCCCUUAUUUAAUGUAUCUCACCACACAGCUGUCCCCAAGGGCAUUCUAAUCUCCCUCCAUAUUAAUUCUACCACUCCCGUUAAUCCACCUCAACUCAUGACCUACCUUCCAUCCAUCUUUAUUCCCUUUUUACUGUUGGUGUUAUAAUUAUGAUGUGGACUCCACAAGGAAUGAGGUGGUUUAGGUAGGGUACACCUGCGUGCAAGAUUCUUUGGAUUGUGACGCCUGUCUGGCAGUGAUAGGGUUUAGUCUUCUUCAGCAUCUCCAGUAUCCACAGGGGUUAUAGUUUGACGCUCUAUUUUAAAGUCAAUCAGUCCUUCUACUGUCACUCAUAGGCACUUUAAAGCAGGACUGUGUCCCCAUGGCAUUGUGUGUGACUAAGUGAGAAUUCCUCAAUGCAAGGUGGUAACCGUGCAUAGCCUAGAUUCCUAACAGCUGAAUAAUUACUCUAAUCAAGGUUGUAACACUGUAUUUCUGUGGCUUUGUUCAGGUCUCUGUACCGCUGGAGAAAUCCUCCAAGUAACAUUUUUUGGAUGGCAUUGCUUGGCUCCCAAUCCUGCAGACGAAUUACUCUAAGCAAGGCAGUAACAUUGCACACUGUGGCAUUGCUUGGCUUACUAUCCUGCAGGCCUGAGAGCUGUUUCAUCUUUUUGCUCAUUGCCUCGGUUAUCAGUGGCUAUUAAUCUGCUGGUCUGCAAAUAAGACUUCAAAGGGAGCCUGUUUUCCCCAAAGAGUAAUUUGAUCCUAAGGUAAAGUAGCUCCAUGCCAGGAGGAAACGUGAGAUCUACUAUGCUCCCAUACUGCAACCUCUUCUUCUUCUAUGCUGAUCUAUGGACCACAGCCCCCUAUCCUAACAAUGCAAUCUGGGCUACACACUGAGAAAGUGAUCCUUGCCUACUUUAAGUGUGUUAAACAUUUUGUGACCUCCUGACACAUGGCUUUUUUUGUUAUUUUGCUGAUAAUUGAACUUUGAAAUCUUAGUCACCUUACACACACUUGCAGUUUGACAAAUAUAUAGGCAAGUGUUGCCUUUGUGUGUGGGCUAGUGGCAGUCAUAUUUCUAAUCUUUUUAAAGAAGGUUUAACAGUUCGUGCUUUACUAACACUUUUUAGUGUUGUUUAAAGGAAAACUAUAGUCACCGAAACAACUUUAGCUUGUUGAAGCAGUUUUAGUGUAUAUAGAUCAUGCUUCUGAAGUCUUACAGCUUGAUUCUCUGCCAUUUAGAAGUCAAAUCCCUAUUGUGUCUGGUUAUGCAGCUCUAGCCACACCUCCCCUGACUGUGACUGACACAGCCUGCAUGAAAACAAAAUGGUUUCCAUUUCAAUCUGAUGUAUUUUACUUUAAACGUUUUUAUCUCCUCCUCUGUAAAUUGAACUUUAAUUACAUACAGGAGGCUCCUGCAGGGUCUAGCAAGCUAUUAACAGAGCAGGAGAUGAGACCUUCUAAAUUAAACAGAAUUUGCAAUAAAGGAAGAGUAAACAUAAGAUGACUCUUUACAGGAAGUGUUCAGGAAGGCAGUGCAAGUCACAUGCUGGGAGGUGUGACUAGGGAUGUGUAAACAAAGUGAUUUAACUCCUAAAUGACAGUGAGACUGCAGGGACGUGAUCUAUACACCAAAACUGCUUUAUUAAUCAGUUGUUUUUGUGACCAUAGUAUUCUUUUAAACAUAUCCAACAAUACAGAUUUUUUUUUUUUUUAAAUCACAAUGAGAUUUAUAUUUGGCCAAACUAUGCAUUCUCAAUGAUACACAUAAAAAAUGUGGGGAACUUCAAUUUAGAUUCACCAAUGGUUUGUACACGUUCUGACUUUAUCAAGACAUAAGCUCCAACAAAAUCUCCCAUAUUUAGGACCAAUGAGGUUUGGUUUAGCCCCCAAAAUACUGGAAAGGCAAUACACUCAUUGACUUCCUAACCAAAGUUUUUUGCAAAGAGUGCAGCAAAACCUACAUGUAGGCUUGGUUUUAUACUAUUGGUUUCACUAUAUUGUUGCAACUCGCUGUCUUGUUUGUUUGAAGUGAUUUGCCUGUUUUUGCCAAACCUAUUUGUCCCAUGUGGGAUGAGCAUCUGAAUUCUUUCCAAGCUGUACACUGAGUAACCUUUCUGUUACUGCAGGUGAUAUAGAUAUAGAUAUGUGUGUGUGUGUGUGUGUAUAUAUAUAUAUAUAUAUAUAUAUAUAGAUAUAGAUAUGUGUGUGUGUGUGUGUAUAUAUAAUUUUUUUUAUUAUUAUUAAUUUAUUUUUUCCAGGCAUUCUCCUGUGAUUUGUUUUCCUGCUUUUAUCUCUAAUUAUGGAAUUUCCUCCCUCUCGUUUUCCAAUAAAUUUUUGUCAAAUCUUCACUGACAUCACUUAUUUGCAUAGGAUAUUGUAGACACCAGCUGUAAAAGUCACAUAUUUCCAUGUAUUCUGUAAUAUGCCUUGUCUCAUUUUAUUUUGAAAUAGAGUUCUGUUCUGUAAAUGACGGCAAACAUUUUCUAGAAAGUUUAAUAUUUGGAUUGUUCGUAAUAAACCGCACUUUGUCAAAAAUGCCACCCAAGUUAAGCUAUUGAAAUAAUCUACUGGCCCCUGUGACACUGAGAUUUCUGUAGGUAUAGAGAGGGCAUUUAGCUAGUGUGAGUGAUAGGGCCAUAUGAUAGUAGAGUGACAGCAUGAAAAGAUGAAAGCAGUAAAUUAGAAAGUUGUCACUAUACCAGACAAGAGACCCCAAGGUCAACGGAAUGUCAGUCACAACAUGUUAGAGAUGUGCAUUGUUUGAGGUCUGAGAAUGCGGCAAGGAAUAAUAUUAGAGCUGGUAGAGAUUAAGGGUUAUCAACAGGUAUGGUGGUCUCCCCUGAUAUGGACGGGAUGCUGGAAGAGAGAAAGUGAAAGAAAAGGCAAAGUUGUCCUCUUAUGGUAAGUACGCAAGAAAACUGGAGAAAUCUAUCCAAGGUGGGGAUUACUAGCAAGGUCCCUUAUUGCAGUAACCACUAAGGGCACACACUACUUUAAGCUGAGAGCCACUUAGUUACAUAGUUGCAUAGGCUGAACUUGAUGGGCGCAUGUUUCUUUUCAGCCUUUAUAACAUCUGUUGAUCCAAAAGAAGGCUUUCUAAUUUUGCAACAAACUUUGGGGAAAAAAAUUCCUUUCUGACCCCAGAAGGGCAGUCAGAUCUCUAUUGGUUUAAGAAGCUAUUACUCCUCGUAUUAAAUAUUCUAUCCCAAUUCUAAUACCAUUUUGGUAACUUGAGAUUAUGUACAUCCGGGCUUGAACAUUUUGCUUGGAAUCUAUGAGCCAGCAAAAAGUUAGGAACAAAGUUUUUUUUUUUUUUUUUUGGAUUCUUUGUUUUAUUUGUGCAUAUGAUUAACAAGCAGGUUUGCUUUGCCACGACAGCUGGAGCAAACUGAACGAUAUACACAGGAGAACAACAUUAUGGCAUAGAGAGCAUUGCACAUUUUUUGGAUUAAGUAAUCAGGAUGAACAUGCAUGGCAGAACACAGUGAAGUGCGUGUUUGAGGAACCAGGUUUUUCAAUGUCAAAAAUACAAUUCUUAAGUCACUAUAGUCACCAGAACUACUACAGCUUAAUGUAGUUGUUCUGUUGUCUAUCGUUUGUCCCUGCACACUUUUCAAUGUAAAUACUGACUUUUCAGAGAAAAGGCCGUGUUUUACAUUGUUGCCUUGUGACAGUCACUCAGGCGGCAUCUAGAGGUGCAUUCUGGGUCAGUGCUGCACAGUGCGUAGCACCUACGUUCAGCGUCUCCACGCUCUGUAUGGAGGCGCUAAACAUUCCACAUAGAGAUGCAUUGAAUCAAUGUACUUUAUGAGGAGAUGCUGAUUGGCCCAGUGUGGCGUUUUGGCACACGUGCACAAUAGCUUUCUAAUGCAUUCCUAUAGGAAUGGCCACCUGGAUCCAAGCAGCAAGCAACUUCUGGAGCUAAGUGGGCUGACAAAUCCCAGAUUUGUUGAGCCCUAAUGUACAUAAUGAUCUAUGGCGUGUUUUUUGUUGUUGUUUGUGUUUACAGUCUCAAUCCUCAUUUUGUGGAUCAAUUUCCACUUUGUAUAUUUCUAGGUCCGUGGGUUUUAUCCUUUUGACUGUGACCCAUUCUUCUGUAUCAGUGUUUAACAUAAAAUGAUAAGGAGACUUGUUCGGUCCUGACAUAGGAGUUAAAAACUACUGUUCUAAGUAAACAUUGUAACAGCCUCUACUUCCAUUGGUUUUCUAACCUCUAAAGCACAACCAGGAUUAUGGAUCAUGGAACACAUGUGAAAAUAGAACUAUCCCAUAGAAUGUUCCUGUUGAACACUCUGGAUUGAAGACAUUGUGCUCUUUAUAAAUCUGUCAUGCAUGCAUACUGGGUACAUAAUGGCUCUUGCCGCUUACAACAAUUUUACUCUUCAUGUAGUUAUAUAGUCUGCAAAACAACCAGUAAAAGGACAUAUUUGGGACUAAAGCUGCCGUGAAGUAAAUUUUCCUAUCCUGCAUUAGUGAAGCACAAGGCAGCCAGACUGCCAGGUUUUCCUAUUCGGUGCCUGAAUCCAGUUUUUUAGUGUAUUGUUUUUCCGGCAUGACGCAGAGGAACAACUUCAUUGAUAAAUCUGCCUGUCUUUGUGCCAGAGCUAAAAACUAGAGUAAUGUUAAUAACCCCCUAAACCUUGGUGGAAAAGUGCUGAGAUUUCUGCAGUCCUUGUUUCACUUGGCCACAGAUAACUGGAAGGAAACAGAAGAAUUGCAUAGAUAGAUGUGCAGUGUCUGCUGAUGUGUUUAGAAGGGUGGUGGCAGGAAGGGCAGUGCUUUGUUAAGAGGAGUGGGGCAGAUCAUUUAUUUAGAUCCAGCACAGUAGCAAAUAUUAAGUGUGAACUGUGUCAUGCAUAUUCCAACCAGUGUUCUCAUCCUGAAUGAUGCAGCCAGAGUUAGUUAUUAAUGUUUAUUUGCCUGCUUUUAUACCCAAUAAAGACUGUGAAUUCACAUUUUAACAUAUCAGGAUGUCAUGUUAGUUUGUCACUAUACAGGCAGCAUAACCACUUCAAUUCAUGUGUACGGUGUUCCUUUAACUGCCUACCCUCCUCCACCCUCCCCCCCCAUAAAAAAAAAAAAAAUUAAACACUUUUGGGCAAAAAAUAUAUUUACUUGUCAAUUAACAGUCCCUGGUUUAAUGAUUUAAUGAAUGCACCAAUGUUUUAAGGUACGUUUAUGUAUUUUCUAGAUAGUGAAAGCCUACAAUGAGUCCUAAGUAAUGCUCUUUGCUAGUAUUGAUUGAAGUGGUUGGUUGCCCCAAUAAUUAUUUACUUUGUCUAUUAUGUAACUUAUUGACACUUGAUAAAUGACCAAUUAUUUUAAAUUCUGCAAUAGCGGCAAAGCUCCGGUUAUUUUUAUUUAUUUUUUUACACCCUAUAGUGAUGGCAUCAGCAGAAAUGAAAUGACUCAGGUACUUUCCUUUGUUACAUACACACCAUGGUUACUUGAUGAAUGAGGAUGACAAAACUUGCCCGAGGGUCCUGCGAAGCUGGUAGCGUUUGUCCAACUUCUGUGGACACUGUCUUCACCAGCAGCUUGGUGGAACAGACAGCAUGUGUCAUCAGUGCUUUACAUGAGGAAUCCAGGAAAAUGACUAGUUAGAAAUGCAGUCUGGUCCAUAAAAAAAAAGAACAAGAAAUUAGAUCAGAUCUGAGAGUUUUUUAAAUAAACUUUGCGAUCUUUUUAGAAUAUUUUAUUUACACAAGUUGCUUUUAAACAAUCUUGCCAGGGAUCCAAAUGAUGUACAUGGCACUGGCAUACAACGAAAAGCUUCCAUUGUAAUUUAUCUUUACUAACACCAUGAUUUACUUGAGGCCUGCCUGAAUAAACCCUUCUGUAACAAACUAUUUAAUUCCCCUACUUUAACCCUUUGUGUCACUAUACCCCACUCCCUCUAGCAUGUAAGCUCAUCGAGCAGGGCCCUCAACCCCCUCUGUUCCUGUACGUCAGUGGUCUGAUCUCAAUUAUGUGUCUGUUAGUCCACCCAAUUGUACAGCGCUACGGAAUUUGUUGGCGCUAUAUAAAUAAUAUAAUAAUAAUAAUAAUAAUCAGCCUGCCUGCCUGCCUGUGUUUAGCUAUUCCUCUUCGUAUCGUUUGUUCCUUUUCUGUUCAUGUUACUUUGUCCUAUAUUUCCGCAACCUACUUUAGGGAAGGCUGGGAGGACAAAAACCCAGGGUUAAACUUCCCUACCCUCUCAGCCUCUUGGGCACCAUCUAUACGACCCUUUAUCGUUCCCUAAAAUAAUUCAGACAGACUCGAGGUUUUGAAUGGUAAAUUAUAUUCCCCCCACUUGUUGACUUCUCAAGAGGGGUUGUUUGUUUGGUUUUUUUUCAGUUUUAUUAAAAAGGAAAGGGAUAUACUGUAAAGCAUAUUAAACUGCCCUAACAGUAACAGUCUCCCAAUAUCCCUACACAACACUACAAUACACUAUUACAAUUAUUUACCCAACGCCAACAUAUUCCACAGCGCUAUACAUUAUGCAAAACAAGACAAAGACGGAAUUCUAAAUGAACUGUUUCGAAAUACAGGAACAGUAGGUGAAAAGGGCGCUGUCCAAAUGGGCUUACAAUCUAAAAACCCUAACCCCACCCACUAUCCGUUAUUCCCUACACUUCACUAAACCUACUUCCACGCUUCCUUAAAAUGAACAUAAACUAUUACAAAAAAAUAUUAUGGCCUAUAAGAGGUGCAUAAUGUCCUUGUAUUGGGUGGGGUGGGGGGAAUAAUUCCAUCUUGGCACAAUUCUGCAAUAAAAUGGAAACGGUCUACUUUCUAAGGCAGAUCUGGAUAAACCCAAUCGAUACUUCAUUACACCAUCAAUUCUUGAGAAAAAUACUGCAAUUUUUUUUAACUUGCCCAAAAUAAGUUGACAUGAGAUAUUUGGACGUACUUGUAUAAUACUUUCCCGCUAUUAUGUCUUUUAAUUCUGUAUAGAAGGUCUAACAAAACCUAGAAUUGGUCUAAGAAAACAAAGUCUUGGAGGAAGGGUGGGUUUGUAGCCACUUAUUCAAUCCCUAUACCUCCCGGUCUCCAGGUUGCUUUCAUUCAAUGAGUGAAUGCAUGAAUAACUGGGUUACACAAUAAUGAGAAAUUUGAGAGGAAGUUGCAAUACGAGGUAUGAAAAGAGGGAGUUCUUUGGAAGGAAAAGGCUGAUUCUUUUUGCUUCUUCAGGUGCCCUACCCCCUGCACAUUACAAACUCUUGCUUUGUUAAUUUUUUGUUUUUAGCUUUUUUUUCUUUGUGUGUGUUUUCAGUCUAGGUUUUCCCAGUAUUGUUUGCUGGACCUGGUCUUAUCCCAGGGACUGUUUAUAUAGCAUUAACCCUUCACCUCUGAAACAAAUCUGUUGCCUACUGAUAUGUUGCACUCUGUAGAUCAGAUUUGGAGAUGACCUACAAUAUGGGUUUGUUUUGUGGAGUAAAAUAUAGAUGUGAUUAGAUAACCUUGUCCAAGUCGUAUUUUGAGUUACCACGGAUUCUGAUAAAGACAGGAUUUUCCAGUAGGCAGUGAGACAGUUGCCUACAAAUGGCUGUCACAAGGGGUGGCUACUCUGCAUAUAAAUGUGCAUUUAAAAAAAAAAAAAGAAAAAUAAUUUUUUUUAGAUGCUUGUAUAUUUAUUUUUUACCUGCUAUUUAAUUUAUUAUAUAUUUAGUUUUGUUUGGGGUUUUUUGUGGGGAAGCAAUUGAGAUCUACUUAUUAUAGGAACACUAUCCACAUUCUUCACUAAAUUGAGAAUUCAAAGUAAAUUUAAAAAGCAUUUCAAAUUGAAGGUCAGAGUAGCCAAACUGAAAGCAUAACUGACAUGAAAGAUUUGUUUGGUUAUUUUGACUUUAAAUUUAAAAUUCACCUUGAAUUCUCACUUUAGACAAUAAUAGUGUAUAGCCCUAAUCUGUAAGUAAAUGGUGUGUCACUCACUCAAAUACAAAUUACAAGUUUUUUUGUGCACUGCAACAAGCAUAUAUAUGGCUUGAGAAAAACACACAUACAUGUCGAAACGUUGCUCUUUCACUUUGGGGGCUGAUUAAACCACCAGAAUGUAUUGCUGAGGAUCUUUUUAUUUAUUUAUUGGUUUUGUUUGUAUCCCCAAUGCUUUAUAGGGCUAAUAAGCAAACAAACAUGUAUUCCAAAUGCUGCAGUGUUCUGUUCCCUUGUUGGAGCACCGUGUGCUUUGUUCCCCAAAUAAAACUUACAAACCUUUCCAAUGCCGAGGCUCACUCGGCUCAGCUCCCCUUUUUGCCUCCUGCAACGUACUCACUCGGCUCAGCUCCCCUGUUUGCCUCCUGCAACGUACUCACUCGGCUCUGCUCCCCUGUUUGCCUCCUGCAACGUACUCUGUGAUAGUCCAAUUCAGUUCCACUAAUUGAGGAACAUUGGACAACUUAUUUAUGGUCUUCUGAAUGAAGUGACCUUCUUUUAUUCUGUCAGUGCAGGUGACUUCAACCCUGAAAUGUAAACAUUGCAGUUUUUAAAAUAAAUAAACUGGGUUAAAGAGAUUGCACUGAGACCACUUCAUUGAGCUUAAGUGGUCUGGCUCACUUUGGUGUCCCUUUAAAUCUUUUGCACGUCCUCCAAAUGUCCAACCUUCAGUCUGAUUCCAGCAAUUACAUAGCAGUUAUCUUUGGAAAGAAAAUCUUUGACUGUAACCUAUUCCCUUUUCUCUCCCUUCUCAUUCUAUAAGGUCAGAGUUAUAUAGGUUCAAAUUCGGUGAUUUUGAAGUCCGUAACCAACUUUAUUUCCAUCUCAUACGAACACUAGUCAGAUGGAAAUGUACUAAAAUAAUCCCUAUAUUUCUAGAAUUUAAUGGGGAACAAACUGGGAAAAAAGUUAUCUUGAAUCUCACCUCCUCUGCUGCUCUAGGUUUGAUGGAAAAUUAACUGUACAUUUUUCUAUAGGUUUUCUGUGAGAGAGUGUACAGCAAACUGCCUUCUAGAAGUCACUUCGGAUCCAUGAUAGGAAAAAUAAAUGCUGAAAAUUGUAGUUCUGUAGACCGUGUCUGGGCUAAAUGGUUUAACCUAAGUGCCAGAAGGGUUGUACAGUAGUUUAAUGUUAAAGCCUUGUGGCUUCCUCUGUUCAGUUAACUCAGUGAACCCACUGUUUGAAGAAAAUUAGGCAAGAAAGAAAGGCGAUAUUUAGUAUCCACAAUGUCCACAGAUGUACCGUACUUAGCAUGGUGGUAUCCUGUGAUUCAGAGCUGACCGAAAAAAGUCUGAGCCUGACUCACCGAGCUGUACCCAAUGCAUAUAUGCAUGUCUAUGGCCUCCUGAUAAUCGUCUUAGUCAUACUUACUCCUUACACUUGCUUUGAGGUUUUGUGGUUUAGAAAUAGCUUAGAUAAGGUGCUCAACUAUCUGUGGCCAAACUAAUAUCUGUUCUUAGAUACUUUACCUAAGAGCUCUUCACAUUUCAAACAUUCCGCAGCUGGGCUUUAAUGUUCUAAACACAAACCGCAACGAUUAAAAAUGAAGAAAAAAUUAAAAAAAUCUUUUGUUUCAACAGCAUUUUUUUGGAAUGUACCUCAUUUCACUCAGCACUCCUCAGUCUCCUAUCAUUCAGUUUACAGUUAAUAACUGUAGGUAUCUAUAUCCGUAAUUCAACUGACAAAUGUUGAUCGUCAAUCCCUCAUUGGUAAAUGUCAUUCUGAAUAGUAAAUAGGGCUUAUUUUACUCUUAACUAUGCUUCAAGGCGAGAUUACCCCCUGACAGUUCUUUCUCCAAGUGUAAUCAAAAGGAUACAUUAAUGCAUUGCCCCUGGUGCUGUUCUAAGGAAGAUCCCAUUUAUAGUACAUUCUUUACUUUGACAGCUGCAAUGCAGAAAGACUAUUCUAACUAACUGAAUUUAAUUGGAAUCCCCUCCUCCUGCUUUCCAGCAGUAUAUGAUCACUUGAUAACCAUAUUCCACAAUGACUGGGGGGCAGCGUCACUAAUUGAUGACACCUGGGUUAAACCUGUAUGUUAUUGUUUUUAAUAUCUUUAAUAAAGCUCCCAAAAUGGAACGUGUAAAUAAGCCUCGUUUGACAAUACGGUUAUAAUGAGUGAAUUGUGCCCUGUCUAAAUGUGUUGUAUCAGAAUAUUUUCUUGAUUUAUCUAUUGAAUAGCGCGGCUUUAAAAAAAAUAAAACAAUUUACUCACACAUAUAUAUCUAAUAAUAAUUCUUUAUUUUAUGUGUGAUUCCACAAGUUUUUAUUCACAAAACAUAGAUUGGAUCACAAUUCAGUAUGGUUCGAUAAGGCAUUUAACGACAAACGAGUAUGGCAUAUAUAAAAAUCCAAACAAUAGAAACAAAACAAAAUUCACAAAUCAAAUUUAGAUUAUCAAAUAAUUUUAAACUAAGGGUGAUCAAUGAUCGUAGAAUAUGAGAGUGCAAGUAGGUAGGGGCUCCAUAUGAACCGUAAAAGGAGCUUCACAACCCUGGAGUUCCUUCCGGUAGCACCAAACGUCCUAUGGGGGGAGCCUGCAGCCGUAGAGAUUGGGCAUCCUUUUCUGCCCUGCUAGGGGUUUUAUUACCCUGGGUGCUUCUGCAGGGGAGGUCAGUGCCUUUUAUGAUUCUGAAUGCUGACACUACAGGUGACAGUCCACCUUCCCCCUCUCACCUACAUUGCCUGUGUCCUCUUGUGUACAAAAUCCAGCAAGGCCACCAGGCCUACUCUUUCUGAUGCCAAUGCAGAUCUGACCUUUUCUCUGGCAGUGUUGUGUCUCCAGUUAAUGCCACAGUACAGAAGAGAAGCUAGACCUGUUUGGUAAGUGAUUCCACCUGUGAGUGGAUAUCUGUUAGUCCUUUCUCGGGACUCCGCAUCCCCAGUAUGUCUCUGCAAACCACCAAUCUACAUCUGUACCCCAGCAAGAUCUGCUUUUAUGACCUUUCGCAGGUCUAGUAGAAGUUUCUUGGUGUCCACAUCUGAGUCAGUCCUGUGGUACACACCGCCAGUAGCCUGUAAGGCAUGAGGUCUUUCAUUUUCUUUGGGGAAAAGUCUUGAGUCGCUGGAGCCUUGUGGUUAUCCAGCUGCUAUAUUAGGCCAGGCCUGCAAUGGAGGCUUGUCAAAAGACAAAUAUCAGGCAUCCGGUUUCUCUCCAAAUGGGCAAAUUUUGUUUUUGCCCCAUCUCUCUUCAGUGGAUUACAAGGUUUUGUUCACUAAAUUCCAUUAAAAUUGCAGGAAAAGGGUUGUUACCCAGUAUGUGAAGCCAGAGCUCCACACUCAAACAUCGGUUCAGUUGCUAAGCUGAUAACCUCUCCCCUCAUUAUGUUUUCUUUUUAACAUGCUGGUCACAAACUUAUACCUUCAUUAGUAUUUAUUUCAAGUUUAAAAUGGCAUUUUGUUGAGAAACUCCAUAAAACUAUUCUAAAAGGUUAGGAUGCCACGUGGAUUCAGUACUGUACCCACCCAUCAGUGGGGGCAAACCUUUCUGGUUUCGUUCACUGACUGGGUUCUUAAAAAGGAGUAGAGUAUAUGUGUUCUAAAGUAAAAAAAAAAUAAAAAUAUAUAUAUAUAUAUAAUUUUGUGUUUUUAUUGCCUUUUAAGAACAAAGAAAUGUUUUAUGUAUUUCUUUCCUUUUCAAUUGCUUCCUAUACUGAUAAUUUGAAGGCUAUCCUGUGCCGUAUAUUUAUAUGUAUUUUUCUUUUCUGUUGCAGUUUUGGACCAGCUGCUGCCUGAGCUUAACGUUCUUCUGAAGCUUCUAGAUCACGAGCUCCUAAGUGCAACCACUAGAGAGAAGCACAGCGCAGUAUGCAGCAUCCUGAGACAACUACAGCCCGCUCCUGGUACCCGUUUUUCAGAAAAUCUGUUUCUAAGAACAUAACUCAUAAUCGUAGAUUCACAACAGAACAAUUAGGCGUGUUCUCUAGACAACCUGUUAUGAUAACUUGAGAACUGAAUUGCAGCUAAAAUUCCAAAAUUAACAUAGAGAAGAAAAAAACAAUUUCCCUUAAAUAUUUGUUUCGCAGGUCACCACAACUUGAUGUUUAUGGAAUAGGCCCCUUGUUACCACAGCACUUUUGCGACUGUGAAUAAUUUGAUAGUCUCAGUGCCCACCUCACCUCCUUAUGGUUAGAACCAGCAGUACAAAAACAUAUGACAUGUUGCUACAAGCUUAUAAUACAAAUACAGAUGUACAAGUGAUUGUAAUGGUUCAAUUGUUAGUCACUACCCACAAGCCUUUGCAUUGUUUAUUGUAGCAAUUUGGAACUUGUAAAUGCUGGGCAUGUGAAUGCAACAAAACUGGUUCUUAAUUUUUUAUUUUUUUUUCUUAAAAAAAAAUUAAUCUUUUAUAGGAAUUUCAAAUACACAUGAAAGCAUUAUUUCAUGAUGGUUUUGAUCAUCUGUGCUGGUAAUAUUUCAUCUGAUUUGAUAUACUAUAGUACAGCGUCUGUUAUAAAUGUGGCUGGAGAUGUGGGUCUCUCCCACAAAAUGUAAUAUUACUUUCUCUCAACAGGAAAAACAGGGGAUUUACAUUACCCUGUGGGCUUCUGGGCUGGUAAAUUAUUAGUCUGUCAGCAAACCCCAGAGUUGUACAAUAAAGUGAUCGAUCUCUGUAUAAAAUCUACCUGUAGAGUAUUGACUCAUUUAUUUAUUUUAUUUUAUAUUUUUUUUCAUUCCUUCUGUGCUCCCUUUUUUAGUAAAACUUCAACCUCCAAAGUGGAAAAUAAAGCUGGAUACGGUAUCAGAGGAACAAAAUAUCAAAAUACAGGCAACUUUAUAUUAGACAUAAAUAUCCUUUUUAUAUAUAACCGCCUAUAAGUGCAACGUUAUGACCUAGGCAAUGGAGAUUUACUUUCAAAGUUGAAUUGUACGUCACUUGGAAGUAUCUUGAAGGGCCGUGCUUGUUACUAAAUGAACCUUCAUGAAGCUUGACAUUUUUUGUUUACUAGGCUUUUUUUUUUUUUUGCAUGUCCAUAUAAAAGGUACAAGCAGGCUCAGGGUGCCCCAAAGGCAGUCCUCAAGCGUUUCCCUCGCGUAACAUGCGGGGCAUUUAAUUACCAGGCACAUUUUUAUAAGAUAAGCAGAUGUAACAUUAUGGCUUCGGCUGAAAUUAUAUGUGUAUGCUAUAAACAAAUUUGGUCGUAGCGUGGGUCAAGUGAAAAGCAACAUGAGUAAUCUCGGGAUUCAUAGCUAGUCCAGCAGUUAGGGUAGUGCAUUGGAGCAUUUUAUCUGUAGCAUUAAAUUGCAUCUAGAUGAGGCCCUCACACCUCCCUCCGCAGGUAGCCCAUUAUGUGUAACCAUGCAUAUAAAAAGUAUAAACUUUGCAGAUAAAAACUAUAAGCUUUGCAAACAUGUAACCUCAUUAAGUGAAGUCUCCAUUGUUAGGAGUAUUUAGGCUGGAUAGGCACAUAAUCACAUAUGCUUUGAUUACGGUAGAGAGUCUCACUGUUAUCUGCUGACUGCAGGGUAUAAACUGUUGGCCUGAGAAGCGUGGCCGCGGUUAAUGGUCGUGACUGGCAGUGGUACAUCAGUCCUGCACGUAGAUUGAGGCGUUCACCCACCCCGGUAUCCGGGAACAUGUAAGUGUAAGCCAGAAUGAGGUGGUCAGGGGGGAAUGCCACAGGGAGGUAAGGUCUGCUCGGAUGAUUCAAGCUGCCCUGCAGAUCUCCGGCUGUGUCUCCGUGCUGGUCCCUCCUCUUGUUGCGCCCCCUUGAGCACGGUGCAUUAGUUCUGCUGCAGUGUGUUACAGGCUCUUGGGAUCCCCCUGUAUGGCGCGAUCUCUUGGGUAGCGUGGUGGACUUUGAUUUCGUCCAGGAGACUGGAGGGGUUACCUUCUGAAUAUGCUGGUGCCUGAGGGUGCAGCGGUAGUCCACUGGACUGGUUAUGUGGCGUCUGGUGUAUGUUUUCGCUGGAUAACCCGCACUCUCCUCCCGCGACUCAGGCUGCUUCAUGGCCCCAUCCAGGGGUUACUGUCUGCCGUGCUGGCUCUCGUGAGAUCUUAGCAGGCAGCGUCGCCUCGGGGGUGUCCCUGUGGAGGGUGAGUUUGGCCCAAAAAUCAUUCAGCAGGCGGUCAAUCCUCUCCGCUAGUGGGGGCAGCGUGGUGCUGGGCGCGAGGCUGCAUGUGGCCAUGAUUUUCCCCACGCUUGGUCUCUUGUGCGUGUAGGGCCAGGUCAGCUCCUUGGUGCUGGGGCGUCGCUUGUGAUUGCCGGGAUGUCCCCCACCGGCAGAGUGUAGAGGUAGAGUUUCCCGGGGAGACCUCCAGCCGAGAAGGCUGCUGCGGUGAAAGGAUCGGCCGCCGCCCAGUCCGGCCUUCCGUAGGCCUCAGGUCGAUCCCUGGUGUGAGAUUGACGCUUGCGGUCGGCACUUCUGGCGUUUGCUGCCGCUGCUGAAGACCCCUUAGGCUGGGGCUGUUGAGCAGGCAAGUUUAAAGGCUUAGCUUCUUAUUUCAGCUGCUUAAGGGUUUUUUGUUGCGGAGCCCAUGUAGUGUGCGACCGCUCGGCAUGGUUGCCAGGCUCCGCCCCCCUACUAGGCAUUUUUUUAACACUUUUCUCAAGAAGGUAAACUUUAAAAAAAAAGUGAGUCUUUUAAUUUUUGUAUAAAUACUUGUACUAUACUUCGAUUUAUUUUUGUCACCAUGUCAAAUUCCCCAGCUCACAUUUGGCAGCUGAAAUAGCAUGCCCUCAGGGUUUUAACACAGUUGCUUUAAGUUACUUUCUAAAUGCCAUGCUUUUUAUUGUUGGAUUUUUCCAGACUAUUCUCUAUUUUAUUUAUUCUACACUUUUAGUAAUUUUUUGAUGAUCUUAUUGCUCUCCACAAGUAGCCCGUCUGGUCACACCAGCUAUGGGUUCUAGAAUUAUAUGGUGAAUGUUCUCUGUAGUUCCAGAGCAGAGCAAGUCCUUGGGGACAUUUAGAACUUAACUAGCCCUGGGAUUGAAACCUCAGUUAAGGCCAAUCUCCUACUCAGGUUAAACUAUCCCUCAGGACUCUUUAAAUCAAUUAGCCUGUUUAAAAUAUGUCCCCUCAUUAAAGACAACACUCCAGAACAUAUCCAAUGAUACAACCAGCAAGUGAAUGAAAGCAUGCUCUUAUUAAUUAGAGUUCCUGAUACUCUAGCAAAUAUGUAUGUGUGUGUACCAGCACCCACAACACCAAGUGCAGGAGAUACUUUCUCCACCACAUGUAAGGUUUGACUUGACAUGUGUUCUAUUAUGGUCCAUUAAGACCAUGGAAAAAUUAUUUUUAUUUAUAUAUAUUGUAUUUUUUUUAUUUAUUUUUUUCAGAAAUAUUGGUUUUACUCUCUGAAAAUUAAGCCCUGUACAGCUAUGCUUUGUUCUUAAAUAAUUAACUAAUUUAAACAUAAAUUAAAAUGAAUUUCUUUAUUAUAAAUGCUCUGCCCAAGUUGUGAAGUGCAUACAUUUUAGAUGAAACUGUCCUGCUUUAAAGAUGGCCCAUGGUGGUCAUAAAUAGACCAGGUGGAUUCCACAUUUACCAAAAUAGGCAGAAAGCAAGCGGUCAGUCAGCCUACCUUGCGUUAACCACAAUGGAUCACAAGCAAUAUGUGUGUUUACAAUUUAAGAUCUAUUGUUUAAUGAAUAGUGGCCACAAGUGAUACUGUUGCUUCUGGUUAUGUGCUGCCUCCUAGUGGAAAUAAUUGUUUAAAUCACUGUUGUGUUUUUUUUUUUCUGUUUUUUUUGUUGUUGACUACUUUGUUUGAACAUCUCCGAUCUUCAUAGUUCCCUCUAACCUUGUGCUCUGUAUUUAUCUAGGAGAUGACUUGAACUUUCAAUAUAUGAACACAGCCGCCUAUCACAAUGGCACCAGCUUUGUGGAAUCUCUCUUUGAGGAAUUUGGUAUGUCUUUAAUGUAUGCCUACCCCUGUUAGUGCCUUGACGUUUACUCCUUAAACUCUAUUCUAACAGUUUUAUUUAGUAAUUAAAAUCGCUAACUUUUUAAGGUUUGAAAUUUAUAAUUUCUCAUAUUUUGUUUUUAUGCAUUGGCAAAUCUUUCCCUUCUUAUUACGCAAUGCACAUAUAUUGCCAUUUUAAGACCGUUUUUAUGAUCAUGCAUCUUACUCGGUUUCAAAAUAGUCAUCAUUUUAAUAUUUUGGGUGACUAAAAGCUGUUAACGCUUGACAUGACUGAUCUAUAUUUUUUUGGGGGGUUGUUUUUGUUGUUUUUUUUUUUUUGUACGGUCAAUAUUUAAUGAAACUGCAUCUUUUUGUUCUGUGCAGACUGUGACCUGCACGAUUUGCAUGAUAUGCAGGAAGAGUACAGAGAAGCCAAUGAGAGCCCAUCACCCCAGCCACCAUCACCACCAUCAGCUCCACCACCUCCUCUACCAACCACUCCACCACCAGAAGAUUAUUAUGAAGAGGCUGUACCCCUUGGGCCAGGGAAGCUCACAGAAUACAUUACAUCUCGUAGUAAGUGAUCAUCUGGAUCUGUAAUGGAAACCACAGAUUAAAAAAUAUUCUAUUUUAAUUAUAUAGUGUUUUCUGUGAAUUCUGUUUCUAAUGAACUCUGACAAUUAACAUUGUCUUUGCAGAUAGCUCCAGCCCUCCCAACUCUAUAGAAGAUGGAUACUAUGAAGAAGCUGAUAACAAUUAUCCACUGACUCACAUCAACGGGGACCAGAAAAACUCCUGUAGGCACCACCCAAUAUGAAUACCUAUUAAAUGCUGCAUUUUAUGUCAUCGUAAUAGAUCUAUUUAAUAUAUGAAAACAUUAACCGUGUUUUUGGUAAAUGUUUUUAAAAAUUAAAAUUAGUCAAAAUAUGUUCUGAAGUGCUUAUUCUCCCUACAUAUUCCUAUAAAUAAUUGUUCUAUACAUAUAAAAGCAGGAAUUCCUUUGUUUGUUUUACUGUUGCUGUGCUCUUGUGCUGGUUUUAAACCUUGUGCUUUGCUUGGUGUUAACAGAUAACGAGUCUGACGGCCUGAGCAGCUCAUAUGAGUCGUAUGAUGAGGAAGAUGAAGAGAGCAAGGCUCAGCGUCUCAUGCAUCAGUGGCCUUCACAAGAAGCCUCUCUUCACCUUGUUCGAGACAGCAGGAUCUGUGCAUUCCUCCUGCGCAAGAAACGCUUUGGACAGUGGGCCAAACAGCUAACGCUUAUCAGAGAUAACAAGUUGCUGGUAUGUAAGAAACAUUUUACAAGCAGGCUAGGUGGUAUUAUUGGCCUACUUAACUUAGCCCUUCAUCCUCCCAAUGUCAAUGAACUGAGUGAGUUGGCCCUGCUACUGGGAUAGUGAAGAUAGAGCCCUAUCUAUUAUGCUUUCUCACUGACGUUAGCCAAAUAUUUGCUUAUUUAUGCACAUUUAAGGGUGCCCUGACAACGGUGAAUAAGAAAUGUACCAUAUACACGUGAGUUGUAAUUCCACUCAAGACUGCUGUAGAUUUUUUACAUGGUACUGUGGAUUACAUUCAAUCUGUUUGUUUAACCCCUUAAAUGACUUUAUUGGAGUGCAUUGUCAUUAAUGCCUUGUGUGACCCUCUUUAGUUGAAUGUUUGAUGAGGUAAAAAAAAAAUUAGCCAUAAUCUACAAAGGAAGGAAUAAGAUUUAUUUUGUUCAAUUAUACAACUAAAUGAAAAUAUUUUGAGCUGCCUGAAAGGAUAUCCUGAAUUUACACUUAUGGGUCUCAUGCAGUGGAAGCCAUAUGCGGCAACGUCGUCCAAAUGCUAGUCAGUGGAAACGUGGCUUCAUUGUAACCAAGAAAAAAGGCAAAUUUUGUCAAGUUAAUCAUAAUGUAAUUAGUUGCUAGCAGCACUGUAUUAAUUGGCAAGCUUUUAAGGCUGCAAAGGCAUCAGAACACUUAAGUGCCCGUGUGAGUUAGGAUUUUACACGUAGUCUGGAAAGCUUACACCAUAAUGCAUGUGGUAUUUUUUAUGGUUUUUUUUAACCCAAUAAUUCAGCAAAUUAUUUUGAGAAUUCCUCACAGCCUUGUGUUAAGCUUUGCUGAGAGUGGUCUGUGCUCAGGAACCUAGCAUGUAUAAAAACCCAGCACAAAACUCUUUAUGAUUCCGAAUCCCCCUUUAGCCUCCAGUGCUUCCAACCAGUUUGUAAUUAUUUCAAGAAAAACCUUAAAACCUGUUUAAAAACAAUUUAGUGCAUGUAAUACCAGAACAUGAAAAAUAGAGAAAUGAGAAAAAAAAAAAAUAUAACCCUAUUGUGUUGGGAAUACAAACCUGUAAUCCUAGCGCUAUAGUUUUAAUCUAGCCGUUCUGGAGUAACUGAUGUUUAGUAGUUAGCGGUGUGUGGUGCAGGGAGAUAUAAUAAAGCUUAAUGCUGCCUUGUUGAAUACCUGUACAUGUUUGUAUAUUUUGUAAGCAUUAAUAAUUUUAAUUUUUUAUUUUUUUUGUGUGUUUUUUCUAGUGUUAUAAAAGUUCCAAGGACCAGCAUCCUCACUUGGACAUACCGUUAAAGCUGUGUAAUGUGUCUUAUGUAGCCAAGGAUGGGCGCCGGAAGAAACACGAGCUACGUUUUAUGCUCCCCAAUGCAGAGGUGCUGGUUUUGGCUGUACAGAGUCGGGAGCAGGCUGAAGAAUGGCUACGGGUGAGGCCCCAGGAUUUGGCCAAAAACCUAUUCUACAUAUGUAUAGAAGUACACUGGGUCUUUCAUACCUCUUUUAUUAUAAAGGCCAAAGGAAAUAAUUUAUCUAUUGGUGGCUCAUAUAGAGACCCUAAUAUCCUUAAAGUACUGAGUUGCCCUGGGUUUUAGUUAAUUAACUCGUAGGUACAGUUCUGGGCAUGAUCUACAAAAAAUACUUCACUUACUUAAAAACAUUUAGUUAAAGUUGUUGCUAAUGAUUAUGAAUUAUUAAUGUUUUACUUUAUAUUUAUGUUCCUCUGAGUCAUCAUAGUUGUUUUUUUUUUUGUUUUUUUUUUACAGGUCAUCAAAGAAGCUAGCAGUCCAAACAGUGGAAGCUCUUGCGCCUCCCCAGCUCUAAAACAUAAGUUGGAUCUGGACAAGGUAAGAAUGCCUUUCUGUUAUGGUUUAGUAAAUAAAGCCCACAACGCAGUAAUAAACUGAGAAUGUCUGUCUGAAGCGAGGUACAGACCGGGAUAAGGCAGAGACGAGUUCAGGCAGGCAAUAGGGUGACAACACAGAUUCGUAAACAGUAGACUAGACAAAGUUUAGGUACCGUAUAUUUAGAGCAGGAGCAAGGAGUAACUGAUCACAGCAAGGAGCACAGAAUACAGGUAGCAGGUAUGAGCAGGAUUAAAUGGUAUCCUACCUGCUUCCUGGAUACUUCCCCUUUAAGAAUCCUAGUGAUUUGCGGGCGCGCUUCUAGUCUAAUGAUUGUAAAGCAGAAUUCCCAAAUUCCAGGCCGAAAUAUGCCCGCAUUACAGAGUAACUAAAAUGCAUGUUCAAUUUUUCCGAAUUACGCCCGUAACAUAAAAAAAAAAAACUGAUGGGUGAGAGACAGCAAUAGAAAGUGGGGGGUGGAGGGGAGGGAGCAGUGCAAAAUUAAAUACAGGUGAUACUCAAAAAAUUUGAAUAUCAUACAAAAGUUCAUUUAUUUCAGUAAUGCAACGUAAAAAGGGAAACUAAUAUAUGAGAUAGGCGCAUUACAUGCAAAGCAAGAUAGUUCAAGCCAUGAUUUGUCAUAAGUGCGAUGAUUACGGUUUACAGCUCAUGAAAACCCCAAAUCCACAAUCUCAGUAAUUUAGAAUAUUGUGAAAAGGUGCAAUAUUCUAGGCUCACAGUGUCCCACUCUAAUCAGCUAAGUAAGCCAUAACACCUGCCAAGGGUUUCUGAGCCAUUAAAUGGUCUCUCAGUCUGGUUCAGUAGGAAUCACAAUCAUGGGGAAGACUGCGGACCUGACAGUUGUGCAGAAAACCAUCAUUGACACCCUUCAUAAGGAGGGAAAGCCUCAAAAGGUAAUUGCGAGGGAAGUUGGAUGUUCCCAAAGUACUGUAUCAAAGCACAUUAAUAGAAAGUUAUGUGGAAGAAAAAGGUGCACAAGCAGCAGGGAUGCCCGCAGCCUCGAGAGGAUUGUCGGGGAAAAGGCCAUUCAAAUGUGUUGGGUACUUUCACCAGGAGUGGACUGAGGCUGGAGUCAGUGCAUCAAGACCCACCACACACAGACGGAUCCUGGACAUUGGUUUCAGAUGUCGUUUUCCUCUUGUCAAGCUGCUCCAGAACAACAAACAACGUCAGAAGCGUCUUACCUGGGCUAAAGAAAAACAGACCUGGUCUGUUGCUCAGUGGUCCAAAGUCCUCUUUUCUGAUGAGAGCAACUUUUGCAUCUCAUUUGGAAACCAAGGACCCAGAGUCUGGAGGAAGAAUGGAGAGGCGCACACACUGCAAGAUGCUUGAAGUCCAGUGUGAAAUUUCCACAGUCUGUGUUGAUUUGGGGAGCCAUGUCAUCUGCUGGUGUUGGUCCACUGUGCUUCAUUAAGUCCAGGGUCAACGCAGCCAUCUACCAGGAGAUUUUGGAGCACUUCAUGCUUCCUUCAGCAAACAAGCUUUAUGGGGAUGCUGACUUCAUUUUACAGCAGGACUUGGCACCUGCCCACACUGCCAAAAGCACCAAAGCCUGGUUCAAAGACCGUGGGAUUAUUGUGCUUGAUUGGCCAGCAAACUCGCCUGACUCGAACCCCAUAGAGAAUCAAUGAGGCAUUGCCAAGAGAAAGAUGAGACCGAACAAUGCAGAAGAGCUGAAGGCCACUAUUGAAGCAUCCUUGUCUUCCAUAACACCUCAGCAGUGCCAUAGGCUGAAAGUUUCCAUGCCACGCCGCAUUGAGGCAGUAAUUGCUGCAAAAGAAGCCCAAACCAAGUACUGAGUCCAUAUGCAUGCUUAUACUUUUCAGAGGUCCUAUAUUGUUCUAUGUACACUCCUUGUUUUAUUGAUUGCAUGUAAUAUUCUAAUUUACUGAGAUUGUGGAUUUGGGGUUUUCAUGAGCUGUAAGCCAUAAUCAUCGCACUUAUGACAAAUCACGGCUUGAACUAUCUUGCUUUGCAUGUAAUGCGUCUAUUUCAUAUAUUAGUUUCCCCUUUUACGUUGCAUUACUGAAAUAAAUGAACUUUUGCACGAUAUUCUAAUUUUUCGAGUAUCACCUGUAGAAUAUAUUAAAAAAAAGAAACUCUCUGCUUUUCCCUCAAUUGGCUACUUUUUUUUUUUCCCAGUUGAUCUGUGAACCAAAUGGAAAUAAAAUCCUCCUAUCCGCGUACUGCGCAAUAUUUACAUAAUCUUGUAUUGCGGAUAUACUUUGUAGCAGAUUGGUUAAAUUUUUGCACUUUUUUUGAUUUAUCAUUUGGUUCUUAAAACGACAUUUGACUGCACUGAACUGACGUCUGACUGAAGUUGGGUGUCCCAAAAAAUGUUUUAUCUUCAGCAAAAAUGAUUCGGCAUGAUGCUGAAGGAUUUUUGCUGAAGAUAGAACAUUUUUCAGAACACCUGAAAACUGAUCCGAUUUGGUUGCAAAUAAACAAACUUAUAUUACUGGUUUAUUAUGUCAGCGUUUAAGUUAAUAAAUGUAACACUGUCUUCAGGACUGUGGAGUGCCACUUUUUUAUUUAUUUUUUUUAUUUUAUUUUUUGCAAGUGCAAGUUUUUGGUAGGAAUUCUUGAAUGAAAAAUUACCAAUAAUUCAUUCUUCGUAAAUUAUAAAAGUGGUGCAAGUAAUGUCAGGUGUUAUUGUCUUGGUAGACAAAUGGUGCCCAUGUAUUUGACUCUUGUUAUAUGAGGUUGCCACUGAAAUGGAUAUACCAAUAUUUAUUUACAAACUAAAAGAAAAAUAUAAGGAAAACCAAUAUAUCCUAUAUGAGCAGAUGCUGACUCUAUUUUGCACUAGAGCAGUGGUUCCCAACCCAGUCAUCAAGUACCCCCUAACAAUCCAGGUUUUAAGGAUUGCCCUGUUGUGUCUAAAGUGUUUCCUCCUUUCCCUUUCCCUGGACUGGUAGGGGGAACUUGAGAACUGGGUUGGGAACCACUGCACUGGAGGGUGCUGUGAUAAAAGGAAGAGGAAAAUUGAUAGUGUUCCUGACUGUGAGCAGAAUUAUAGCUCACCAUCAAUAUCUAUAGGUGCAAAGCUGGCUGGGAAGAGAAUAAGCAGGUGUAACUGAUCAGGAAGUGUGUUCAAGCUUCUCUUUUUACUCACCAACUAAACGCUUCCCUGGAGGUCCAGUAAUCCGUAGCCAAACCUGAAUAAUUCCAGUAUCACUAAUGUAAUCUGCAAGAAUGUGCUUUACAGUCAUUAUCCUGUUUAUAUUUCCACAGAGGCUAUCCCAUGAUAAGACAUCUGACUCUGACAGUGCAGUAAAUGGAGAUAAUGGCUCUCCCAGCAGUGGGAAAGAGAACAGGGAGACGGGUGAGUCAUAUUAACUUUAAAUAAUCAUGUUAUUCAUUUUUGCAUUUAUUUAUGCUUGCAAGUCCCACUGAAAUGAACACUUUCAGUAGCUAUGGUGAUCUAUUAAUAUAUUUAAUCCCCACCCAUGAAGCAAGAGUGGAAGUAUUAAUGGGGGCCCACAGGCAGGUGCCCCAUAUUUUGUUAAUUGUCCCCCUUUAGUCCUGCAAUGUAGGACAUUGCCAUUUAAGAGAAACUUCAGUAUUUACAUUGCAGGACUAAGACUGCCUCUAAUGGCUGUAUACCAGACCGCUACUGGAGGCGCUUCUUGGAGUUUCACAGAGUUUGACUCUGUGAAACUAUGCUGGACGUACUUGCACUCUGCACGACGAAGUCCAGGGUCAGAAAAAUAGGAUAGCAUUGAGGCAAUGUGCAUUAGGUCCACCCCCCAACCCACCAUUGGAUGACGUGUGAAGAGGCAGACCACAACCCAGCGUUGUUGGAAAUACAAACACUAAAGUGUGGCUUUUAUAUUUGUAAGUGGAUGACCCUGCAUUGUUAUUUUGUCUUAGCUUUGCUUAAAGGACCACUAUAGGCACCCAGACCACUUCUGAUUAAUGAAGUGGUCUGGGUGCCAGGUCCAGAUAGGAUUAACCCUUUCUGCUGUUUCAGAGAAACUGCCAUGUUUACACUGAGGGUUAAUCCAGCCUCUAAAGCCUCUAGUGGCUGUCUCAUUGACAGCCGCUAGAGGCGCUUGCGUGCUUCUCACUGUGAAAAUCACAGUGAGAAGACGCCAGCGUCCAUAGGAAAGCAUUGUGAAUUAUAUUUCCACAGAGGCUAUCCCAAUUAUUAUGAAUGCUUUCCUAUGAGACUGGCUGAAUGCGCAUUCAGCCGAUGACGUCGCUAGGAAGGAGAGGAGGAGGAAAGCUCCCCGCCCGGCGCUGGAGAGUAUGUUUUCCUGGCACUAUAGUGGUCCUUUAACUAUUGUGAAAAAUAGAUGUUUUCGAACACAAAGAAAGAACACAAAUUAAUUUUCACAGGGAAAUGUCGAAGAAGCGGGCUUGCUGAGCUGAAAGGAUCCAUGAGCCGUGCCGCAGGAAAGAAAAUCACUAGAAUUAUCAGUUUCUCUAAAAAGAAACAGUCUGUGGAGGAACAUCAUACCUCAUCCACCGAAGAGGAUAUCCCUUGCUGUGGUAAGUACCCAGCAUUGCUUCUCUUGUAUCUUGUUAUUAUUGGAACACUCUAUUCUAAAACAGUCCAUUGUGGGAAACCAUGGCAAAUGCCAUUCAGAUAUUUACACAUAACAAAAAUAAAACUGUCAUAAAUGUGAGCAUUAUUUGUAGAGCGCAAUUCUAAAAGUAGAGCAAUGGACAGGAAUGCUACCAUGGUGAUUACUCCCCUUUAUGAACUUGGAAGUUAUUUAUAAAAAUCAAUUGAUGGGGGGGCGGAGCCUGACUGUCAAGCCAAGCAGACGUGCACAGCUUGAGCUCCUGCAUGAAAACAAGGAAAAUUGUAAUAUUGAGCUUAAAUAUUGGGCUCAUACGCAAAAAACUUGGCAGAAACUAUACUCAGGAGACUCCGGGCACACAAUAUCACACUUACCAUGAAACUACUGUUGAUGACAGCCCGAGAGCCCGAAGGCGAAGGUCAAUGGAGGGCCCUAUUUGAAUCCAUGUUUGAGGCCGUCUGCCGCAAAUUCUGGCACCGAAUCAAUCAGAGAGCAGCCACGAAAAUCUGCCUACGUACCAAACAGAGGACCCACACUGAGAGGCAUCUGAUAGUCAAAACUUCCAUCCGAAGGGAACUCUGGAGGGGCAAAAAGCCUAAGCCCCACGCCUAUGCUGAGGUGAAAGAGAGGCGGAAUUGGAAGAGGACGCAUUCAGGCACAACACAUGGAACCGCAACUACCCCACACUCUACAGGCCAUCCUAGACCGAGGGCCAACCGGAGAACACCUACAAGGCGCCAUCCACACUGCCCGAGGCCCAACCGCCGCUGGCGGCAGCAGAACAACCGGGCACUCCUGGGCACCCAAAAAAGGAAGACCUGGCCUCGAGGAACCAAAGUCUGUGGGCUGCAGGCGCCGGCCCUCUUCAGGGCCUGGGGCGAGAAGGCGGCCCGCCAACAUCCGCAUUCCACCAUGCCCCAGGGGUCACCCCAAACGCAUGGUACCCCCACACCUCGCCUGGGCAUUGGCUGAUUAAGGACACAAAGGUCGGGGGGGCUACAUCCAGCAGCUUCCAGCCGUGGACUUCACUGCUCAGCGGAAAUCCCACUUGGACUGUCCACCCUACCGAUCACAAACCCAGCCUAUAUUGGCUGCACCCUGUUGUACUAAGGUUCUCCAUACCUUACUUAAUAGCCCAUUACAGCUUACAGCUACGUAGAACUCUUGUAGUGUAUGAUAAGCUUAACUUUUUUAGCAUGCAAAUAGGAAGCUUACCUGUUCACUACAACCAAUCAGUAUUACAUGUGCAGUAGUAACUAGCCUCAGCUCAGCCUAAAACGUGAGACCAGAUAAGCCUAUAUAUCAGCCUGUGAAUAGAAUGUCUACAGGGUUAUAUUCAUAUGUCCAAGCGAGCUGGCCAGAUUAGGUAGAAUCACAAUAAAUGUUUUAAGAGUGUCCUUAGCACUAUACCUGGCGAUCGGACAGUCACGCAGCGCGAAAUGCCAAUUUAGAAAGGCUCUUUGCCCAGCUAGACAUGGGCACAUGCCCUACCUCCCUUUUAUUUCUGUAUCCCAAUUCAUUUGUCUCAAUAAAAGAAAGAUUGACAAAAAAAAAUAAAAAAUCAAUUGUAGGACCAAGUUAUUUCAUUAAAAAAAUAUAAUCAUUUUGGAAUGAAAUUUUUAAAGGCUAGAAAUGUGGAGAACAUUUACUGAAAGCUUCUAAAGGUAGGUGUGUGUGUCAGUAAUGAAGUAGGUGGUGCACUCACAGGUUUUUUGUGAAAAACAAAUAAUACCUUUUAUUGCAUAUGAGCAAAAAUUUACACUCUAUCCUGAUCGACGUUUCAACCCUAACCUGGGUCUUCCUCAAGAUCAACAAGCGAAGCAAACAAAUGUACAAUAUAUACAGUAAAGAAUAAAUUGACUUACCAAUCCAAGUGUAACUUCGGAUGUUAACUUAACGUGUUCAUGAGGGGCACGUGACCCCCUGUAAUGUGAUGACGCCGAGGUACGUGCAGUCGGUUGCUAGGAAACAUCAAAACAACCGGCCGUGGUAAUCCAGUGUAAAGUGUAGUGGAGAGAAUGUGUACAGAAUAAUGCUGCGAGCAGCAUCUUACAUGCAAGUAAUAAUUAGGAUUAAAAGAAGAUAUAGAGGAAAACCAGUAAUCAGUAUAAUACAAAAGACAUUGUGAAUAGACCCCUGUAGCCAUACCUUCCCCUAGAGAAAGGAGACUUUACCCUUAUAUCAAAAGUGAUUACAUUAUCGUGGCUACAAACAUGCCGUGGUAUAUACUAUAAUACCUCCGAAGUGAUCUGAAGUCACAUUCUGCUAAAGCAUUGAUAAAUAACAUUACAAAUGUAUUUAAACAGAACCCAUGCACAAAAUAAAAUACACAAAGUAUUGCAUUAAAGUGUAUAUAGGGGCAGCUACUGAUAGGAUCCAACUAAUCCUUAUAUUACAAAAAAAAAUUAAAUGUAUGCUGCAUGGGGGCGGAGCCUAGCAGCCUAGACGAACGGAUGCAUACGGGUGGAGCUCCUCACAAAAAAGCCUGAAAUAAGCCUAAAUAGCGACAUUAACCCCUUAAGGACCAAAUUUCUGGAAUAAAAGGGAAUCAUAACAUGUCACACAUGUCAUGUGUCCUUAAGGGGUUAAGCCCUAAAACUGGCUACCUUUCAGCCCCCAAACAGAGGGCUUACCACAGAGAAAGCGCACCAGCGAGGCCGCGGCAAACCACAGCGACGACGUACCGGGGAUCGACCUGAGGCUUACAAGCGGCCUACUCAGAUGGCACGGGGGAGGCGGCCGAUCCCUCUGCUGGCCGUUGCCAAACUACUUGGAGGCCUCCCCGACACACACUCGACUUACUCGCAAAAGCGCCUGUUAAUUUUCAUGUACGACUAAAUAAUAACAAAAUGUGCAUGUCUCUCAUAUACCCCUGUGUAAUAAAUAAAUAUGGAACGCUAGAUGAUUGCCUUUGGGGUACCUCACAAGCGAAUGUUAUUUGUCUGUGCACAAAAAAAAAAAAUGUACGCUGCAUUAGUCAAUUAACGGGAAAGGAAUUUGUAAAUGCUAAACCAGUCUAUUACAGGUUAUACCACACUCUAAGUCAGUGCGGUGCACAUGACCGUACACGUGUAUAUAUACAGAUUUCUCCUCAUGAGCUAAUACAGGAUAUGUUACACGCCAUAACCCUUUGGUUAGAUCAAAGGUCUCUUUAGUAUGACUAGUACACCACUUGUACAUACAUGUUGCAUUUCGUGUAGAAUUCAAACACUCUCCAUGUUUUAAGUUGGUAAUUUGUAAGAGUAUUUUGGUUAAGUAUCCCCUUGUUAUAUCCAUGUUUCAUUUCCCCUUCGAAGGCUUAGCGUAUGAAAAAUAGAUUCCAUCAUUUAACCUUUGCUGUAUUUCUUUUGUCUGUCUUGACAUACAGGACCUGGUUAGUAAUUAAUCCUGGGAUUGUUCCUAUUUGGCAUUAGACAGUCAGCGUGUCCUAUACUUACAUGCAUUAUAAUAGUACUAAUGAGACCGCCAUAUUAUGGCCAUAGUCUUAUGAUUAUAUACAAUUAGACUAAUAGACUGGUUUAGCAUUUACUAAUUCUUUUCCCUUAAAUUGACUCAUGCAGCAUACAUUUUUACAUUUUUUGUAAUACAAGGAUUGACACAUUAGUCGGAUCAUAUCAGUAGCUGCCCCUAUAUACACUUUAAUGCAACUUACUUUGUGUAUUUUAUUUUGUGCUUGUGGUUCUGUUUUAAACACAUUUGUAAUGUUAUUUAUCAAUGCUUUAGCAGAAUGUGACUUCAGAUCACUUCGGAGGUAUAAUAGUAGAUACCACGGCAUGUUUGUAGCCACAAUAAUGUAAUCACUUUUGAUAUAAGGGCAUAUUCUCCUUCUUUCUCUAGGGGAAGGUAUGGCUACAGGGGUCUAUCCACAAUGUCUUAUGUAUUAUACUGAUUACUGGUUUUCCUCUAAGAUGUAAGAUGCUGCUCGCAGCAUUAUUCUGUACACAUUCUCUCCACUACACUUUACACUGGAUUACAACGGCCGGUUGUUUUGAGGUUUCCUAGCAACCGACUGCACGUACCUCGGCGUCAUCACAUUACAGGGGGUCACGUGUCCCUCGUGAACAUGUUAAGGUACCCUCCGAAGUUACACUUGGAUUGGUAAAUCACUUUAUUCUUUACUGUAUAUAUUGUACAUUUGUUUGCUUCACUUGUUGAUCUUGAGAAAGACCCAGGUUAGGGUUGAAACGUCGAUCGGGACAGAGUGUCAAUUUUUGCUCAUAUGCAAUAAAAGGUAUUAUUUGAUUUUCACAAAAAAAACCUGAGUGCACCUACUUCAUUGAAUACCAAUCCAAAGUUACCUUCUUUCACGGAGGAAUGUGUGUAACAAAGUGCUUAAACAAGAAUAAGCGUGAUUAACAAGCAGCUCUAUACACUUAUGUGGAAAUAUCCUCUUUUCCACUAAACAAUCAUAUAAAAUACAGUGCGGUAUAAGUGACAAAGACCUACACCUAUAAGUGGAGCGCUCAAACAAAUAUAAAGCUUACCAAGCGUGACUUAAUCCAAUAGUACAAUAUGAAGUUCAUGCCAAAAAAAUACAAAAAGAUACAAUAUAGUGCAGAUGGUAUUUAAAAUUGCAAUACAGAAAUAAUAAUAACGUAGCAAACUGUACACUCACAUGUUAAGGAGCCUGUAUAUAAAAAAACUGGUUCCGUAUUAAGGCUUGUGUGCUUUUUUUGGUAGCAUCACCCUUCGGCUUGGAGUAGUUCUCAUAAAUAAGACAUAAAAGGAGAACGAACCAAUGUGAAGACUGUAGCGGUAAAAACACGGAUCUAAAAUAGUAAAUGUGGUGCUCACCUGGUCCUGAGCCUAUGGGACUGGCUCUAAGGUGUAUAGAUGUGGUGCCAAUUUAAAUAGGGAUGGCACUGCCCAAAUGAAGAUUCCUAGAUGCUCCAAAAAGGACUUGAGCAAGAUAUCUUGAGUAAAAUAACACAUUUAUUGAUAUACAAUAAUAAUAAAAAAUAAAUGGUAAAAAAAAGUCCUUGGUAAAAGUCCUUUAAAAUGGCCAAUACGCGUCUCACUCUCAAUAGAGCUUCCUCAGUCAGCUGUAAUGAUGGUCCUCUGAAUCUUCCAUUAUAAGUGUCUCCUUCAUUACUGGAAUUAUCUACUUAACGCAGUUAGCACCAGGGUAUGAAAUUUUCUUUUUUUUUAUAUAAGAAAGGUGAGUGCCAAGCCUUUUGGAUAUGGAGAUAUUUAUAUAUAUAUAUAUAUAUUUAUUUACAAAAAGUACGUUUGGCACUCUUCACUCCUGAUUGAAAUUAUUAGCUAUUACCAGGGUGCAGACCCGCCAUGUGUAUUUAUAGAGAAAAAUCAUAAAAGUGCACACCUGGAUUUAAGAAAGCUAACUUAAUUUAUUGUGCAAAUGUAACUUAGUUUAUUGGUUCUGAUCUUGAGAAAGACCUUUCAGAAGUCGAAACACUUGAUCCUUUGAACUUUUUUUUUUUUAUUUUUAUUUUUUUUUGCACAAUAAAUUUAGUUAUAUUUCUUAAAUCCAGGUGUGCACCUUUAUGAUCUCUCUCUCUUUUCUCUUUUCUUUUCUCUUUUCUUUCCUCCUGACCAUUUACGGUUUAACUGGAUAGUAUGUAUAUGCCUAUCUCUGUGCUGGGUCCAGAUUUUACUCUUUCCCUGUGUGUUAUCCAUAAAUUGGGCACUUGGUCAGUGAUGGUAUUCUAUAAAGAAUAAGUGAAGUAUAUAAAACAAAUCCUAGUGUAAUUUUUUUAACUUUCCACUGUCCUCCUCUCUGUACUGUAUUAUAUAUAUUCUUCAUGAGACAUUCCUUCUUCGUUCUUAUGCUCCUAAUUUAUGCCACAGGUUACUUGAAUGUAUUUGUAAAUCAGUGCUGGAAAGAGAGAUGGUGUCGAUUAAAGGGCCACACACUCUAUUUCCACAAGGACCGCAAUGAUCUACGCACACACAUUAAUUCUAUCGCACUGAGAGGAUGUGAGGUAUCCCCUGGACUUGGUCCACUGCACCCCUUUGCCUUUCGCAUUCUGCGUCAGAGUCAGGACAUUUCUAUCCUAGAGGCAAGUAUCCCAGGACUACUUAUUUACAAUUCUUGAAUGUAAAACGUGCCUAGAUAGUUUGACAAUAGCUGGUGUUUUAUGUGUGUCCAGUUGAUUUGCAUAAUAAACAAAAUAAAAUAUCAUAGAAUUAUUUAAAUCAAGGAAACCUAAUGUUUUUGUUUUAAUAUAUGCAUAUCUCUAGAAUAGUUUCUUACUCUUUGUUCUCUCCAGGCUAGUUCUUCAGAAGAAAUGGGACGCUGGAUUGGGCUUCUCUUGGCCCAGACUGGAUCGAAAAUAAAGCCAGAAGCCUUACACUAUGACUAUGUGGACGUGGAGAUGAUAGCCAACAUUGUCACAGCAGUACGCCACUCCUUCCUGUAAGUGGAGAUAAAAUGCAGGCGCUUACUGAGUGACUAACAUAAUGUUAGAUAUAGAAGGUGUGAUUGCAUUGUACAAUACAAACAGAACACUGACAUUAAAAACCCCUACCCACAGAGCACAUAAGACAGCUUGUGUAAUGAACUAUAUGCGUGCAUUACUACAGGGACUUAAAACAUGUGAUUGCAGUUUGUUGGGUGAAGUAUAAGUUCAACUGUUUAGACUUGAUCUCUGGACAAAACAGAACCUGAAAUCCUGCCGUGUAUAAUCUAUGAAACUUUGUGAUCGGCAAAGCUAAUGUGUCAAAGUAGAAGCAAAUAGUGAAAAUUACACCUCUAUCACAAAGUCGGUGGCAAGAUCACAAAAGAUCUCUAAUAAGUGUAUCAUGCAAUCAAUUUUUUAAUUGUAAUCUCUCUCAUGGUUGCUAUUGACAUCAAUGUAAAAUAAGAUCACUUGGACAGUUAUACAUGUUAUAUGUUGGUGGUGUAGUAGAUACAAUUUUGUGUAACAUUUAAUCUUAAACUUAAAUACAAACCAUAUUACUAUAGUGUGCCCUGUCCCUAACGUACUAGCGCGCCACCCUCCCCCCCUCCCCCAAUUCAUUCUUUAUUUUUGGAGUGCAAUACAGGGAUAGGCAAUGACUUAUUCCCUUCCAGAGACGAGGCUCCUUUAGUGCUAGCUAUGUUUCCUCCUCCGACAUUAUGGCAAUGGAGGACCUUAUGCUCAUGCGUGGCUAGCGCCACGUGCUUGAAUCCAUGCUUUUUUACAGGCAAUUUGAAGAUGUUCAACAUUUUCAAGAGUAAAACUCAGGGAGCAGGAAAGGCCUCUAGAGGUGGACUUAACCCCAUAAUACGUGUGCCUAUAGUGUUAGAAAGAGAGAGAGUGUACCAUACUUUUCGCCAUAAUUAUUCCUUUUUACAACAUCUUCAUUUCUUAUUUAUGUUGGAACGUAGUAGAUAACACUUUUUUUUUUUCCUUAUAUUGACUUUCCAGUUGAUGUGGUAAAUGCAAACAUUGUAAAGAAUUGCAAAGCACUUGAGAUGUCAUCUUGCUACCAGACAGAAUUAAAGGAUCACUAUAGUGUCAGGAAAACAAAGCGGUCUUCCUGACACUAUAGUGCCCUCAGGGUUGCCCUCCUGUGGCACUGAAGGGAUUAAAACCCCUUCAGCAGCUUACCUUUAGUGACCUCUCCUCCCCCAACGACGUCCGCUACCGAGUGGAGGGGAAUGCGCAUGAUCGGCAAGUGCUUUCCCAAUGCUUUCCUAUGGAUGUUCUGCACACUGGAUGCGAAUAUCGCAUCCAGCGUCGCAGAUGCGCCUCUAGCGGCUGUCAGGAAGACAGCGACUAGAGGUAGGAUUAAUGCUGCUAUGUAAACAUAGCAGUUUCUUUGGAGUGGUCUGGGUGACUAUAGUGUCCCUUUAAGUAAAAUCACCUCGACCUGACGUCUGUUAACUUACUGAAUCGCUAUUUUUAUUUCCAGAUGGGCAACCUCUUCACAAAGCAGUAGCAGUGACUCACGGGUCUAUGAUGAUGUCGCCUAUGAGAAGGUAUGGUGAUUGAUGGUUAACCGUUUAUUGCUUCCCCUUUUAAUGCAUAUGAACCUGUUAAACUUGCAAUUCAAUGUAUAUAUGAAGUGCUUCAUGUGUUAAUCAUGCAUAGUGUGCAGAACUGGCAAUCCGCGUCUCCACGCCCUGCAUGGAGACUCUGAACGUUUUACAUAGAGGUGCAUUGAUUCAAUGUAGAGUGAGAUACUGAUUGCCGCAGCAUGGAAUUUUGCCAAUGCUUUCUAAUGGUAAAGCAUUGAAUUGACUGAAAUCAUCAAGGUUGAUAAUCUCAGUCACUGAUAUGGAGCAAGUCGGGGCCAGCUGUGGCAAGUCCCUCCAGGUGUAGGGGAAAAGGUGCGCACCUUUUUACUGGUCUGAUAGGGGGGUUGAGGAUCUAAACAGUGGGUUUAACAGUAUAGUGUCAGAAAAACAUGUUUGUGUUCCUGACACAAUAGUGUUCUUUUAAUUUUGGGGUAAUUUAAGACACCCAUAGACAUUAGGGUCUUAAAGUCUAUGUGGUGGCCACCUACUGAAGUGAGUGUGGGGCUUCCAGUAAACAAUCCCACGUGUUUCUGGUUUAAUAGAGAGCUGCUGUGCAUUCAUAUUUUUUUUCAAAGCAGUUUAACUUUUCAGUAAAACAUUAUUUUUAAGCAGAACAUAAGAAGGCAUUUUGUUGCAUAAUUUGCAUUUUGUAUACCUAACAGGUCAGUAUAAGUGGUCCUGGGUGCUGUAUAUGGUGACUUGGUUAUAUUUUCUAAAUCAUAAACUAGUCAUGUUGCAAAGUAGGGGAACUUGAAUACUGAAUGUUGAUCAAUAAAUUGAUGACCUGCUCUUGGGCACAAUCAAAUCAGAAGCCGAUAUACCCAAACUCAAGAGCAAUGGUCAAUGUUCAUUUUACUAUUCAUGCAUGAGCGUGAGAAAUAAGUGUGAACACAUACACAACAUGAUAACGUAUGUCUUACUUGAUUUGUUUUAGACUGAUCACAACAUUAUCCAGUAGAAAUGUAAAACUGGGUUUAAAUUUGAUAAAUGUUCUAAAGUCCAAUAGUUGUCUUUAAAAUCCUGCUACAAAAAUUCUAACACUCUACAUAAAAUCUCUCCUUAUUUAUUUGGCCAGACACUCUGCAGAAAUAUUCUAGAUGAUGAUUUGUAGAGAACCAAACUCACCACCAUCUUUUAAUUUUGUUUCCUAAGAUAGAAGAUCCCAAACGUGUUUCUGGAGGAACACAAGUAAAACGUCAUGCUUCAUCUUGCAGUGAAAAAUCCCGACGCGUGGACUCUCAAGCUAAAGUAAAACGUCAUGCUUCCAGUAAGUGUAAAGUCUCAUGUAAAGGGUUGGCUUUGAGAGAUAUGAUAUUAUUAGUCUACAACUGUUUAGGAUAAAAAGUUUUUGAGACCUCACUGUGGAACAGUAUUUGGAAUUAGGAUUAUAAAUCGUAUUCUGUAUUGGAUGGCAAAGUUCAGGGUAGUACUUCAAGUUAGACGUGUUAUGAGUGACACCUGGGGUUUGUUUUAGUGGUAGUUUUUAGGUUUAGGGGUAAGGAUUUCAUUUUGUGGUAUUAUUUAAGGUUGCAAUUUGGGGUUAGAAGUCUAAGCAUAGGGUCAUCAGCAUUGUAGCUCUGAAAAUUAAUAGGGACAAUCAAUAAUCAGGAGUCAUUUAGACAGUGGUAAAACAGUCUCCUCUUUUAUGAGAAUAUGUGAGUAAGUAAAAAUAAUAGAGACAGUAAUUGAUCCAGUAGAUUGCAUUGUGGCUGCAAAACUAAACAAGUCCAUUAUGCAUUUUCCGUUUAAUGGGAACUCUAGAUCCUAAAUUAGUUUAGCUUGCUGGAGUGCUUUGUGAAGAGUGUGUCCUCUUUGUAAAAUGAAAAGGGGGGGAAAAGUGCAGGUUUCAUUAAAAAUGUAAAGGCUUAACAUUUUUUGGCUUGCAUCUGGUUAAGAUAAGCGACCUGCAAGCUGAUUUCAAAUAUACCCUUUUGUAAAAAUGCCAUAAUUAAAGGCUUUAUGUAUUCCUAAUGCUAUAGAGCCCUAGUCACCUAAACGGUGACUAGAGCCCUGUUCCGCGGCAAAUAAAUGGUUAAUUAACCAUUUAUUUGCUAACCUUAAUCCAGCGCCGGGCUCCCUCUGCGCUGGUGAUAUCUCCUCCGGGAGACAGCCACUAGAGGCUGGAUUAACCCUGUAGUGUAAACCUAGCAUGUACUCUAAAACUGCUGUUUUCAGCUGCAGGGUUAAAACUAUGGGCACCUGGCAACCAGACCACGUCAUUGAGCUGAAGUGGUCCGGGUGCCUAUAGUGGUACUUUAAAUGUUUGUUUAAAUUAGGGGUAUAUCUACAAAAGUGUUUGCUUUUUUUCAUUUGGGUAAUUGAAUGUCCCUUUAAUCUCAAAUUUAUGUUAUUUUGUACUGCUCAGUCAGUUCCAACAACCCAGAUAAAUACAAGUAAUAAUCAUGUGGGAUAGUAAAGGACCACUAUAGUGCCAGGAAAACAUACUCGUUUUCCUGGCACUAUAGUGCCCUGAGGGUGCCCCCACCCUCAGGGACCCCCUCCCGCCGGGCUCUGGGGAGAGGAAGGGGUUAAACUUACCUCUUUCUCCAGCGCCGGGCGGGGAGCUCUCCUCCUCCUCUUUGGCUGAAUGCACAUGCGCAGACAGCCACUAGAGGCUGGAUUAACCUAUUUAUAAACAUAGCAGUUUCUCUGAAACUGCUAUGUUUAUUUUAAAAAAAGGGGUAAACCCUAGCUGGACCAAGCACCCAGACCACUUCAUUAAGCUGAAGUGGUCUGGGUGCCCAUAGUGGUCAUUUAACCCUUCUUCUAGACCAAAAGUCUUUUGAGAUGUACUCAUGUAUUGGGGAAAACCAAAACUAAAAAAAAUAUAUUGAAACACUAAAUGAAAAAUGUAAAAAAACUGAAUUUUAGGGGAUUUUUCCAUUUCUAUUUUGUCAAAUGCACUACUCAAUGGAUAUACGUUACUUUUCAUUGUUAAUGGUUAAACCUGUCCAUCACUUUAACAUUACGGAAAAGAAUCAAUUUUAACACUUAAUUUAUUUUUGAUGAGAGGCAAAUUAUCCAUUAGUCCAGCAGAUGUCACUAUACAAAUACAAAAUGAGGGACUCCUACCAAGUGUUGGUUCAUAAAACACAUACAGUCUCAGAUUUGUCACUUUGCCAAAAACCCACAAGAGCAGCAGUUCAUUUAGUUACGUAAAACAAUACCAUUGGCAACUAUGUAUUUCCUACAGCUAGCACAUGAAUUUCUAUUUCUUGUACAGGUCGUAUAAUCCCAAAAAUCCAUCUUUAAAAAAUAUUUUUUUUAAAUUUAGGACCUCUCUUUAACACUGAUCUGUUAUGAUCUUUCUAUUUAAUGUAAUAUUACUUGUUUUGAGUUUAGUGUAUACACCCAUUACAACAAGGACUUCUCUCAUCAGUGAGAUCUUUGGGUAGAGUGAGACAUUGUACUAAUCAAUUUUUAUUUAUAUUCUAUAAUUAAUUAGGACUAGGCAUGUGUGUAAAAACUGGAAUGACCUGUUUGAGGUUAGAAUAAUGAGCACAGGGGCUCUCUGCCACCAGGAAAUUGACCAAAGACAUAAUUGGCUCCAUAAAUUGGAGUGCUAACGAGGAGCUCCCAAGUGGUAGGAAUGUCAAAGGGAAUUUUUUUUUUUUUCCUAAGCUAAGUUGAUGUAAAUGCACAUUUGAAAUGUGUGAGAUCUAGGUGUGUGUUGCUUCCUUGGGAAAAUCCCACACUUAAAUGCUACUAGGUUUUGUGUCAAACUUGUUUAACCAAUUUUAAUGAAGGUUUGUUCCUGAAAAGGCAGAAUUAAUAAGGGAAUUGCAAAUUUUAGGCGAAUAAUACGUUAAAUGGGGGAAGAAAAUCUUAAACUUGGCUAUUUUUAAAAAUGCAUAUAUUAGAGGGAAAAAAGCACUCUCUCAUUAAAUGUGAAUUAUGAUGGUUUUUAGAUGCCAACCAGUAUAAAUAUGGUAAAACCAGAGCAGAGGAAGAUGCUCGCAAGUUUGUGAUGGAGAAAGAAAGACUUGAAAAAGAGAAGGAGGCUAUCCGGAGCAGACUGCUGGAAAUGAGAAAGGAGAGAAGGGAACUCAAAGAAACAAUGAAAAACAGUUCAGGUAGGAACUUUCAUAAAUUCAUUUGAAAUCUUUCAUCAUGUGUACGGGAGCGUUUUUAUCAUGUGAUUAAAAAAAAAAAUACUAUUGAUGACCAUACGAAGUUGUGUGUAUGUUCUUAUCCCCUAAAUAUUUAUCCUUACAUUAUUUUUGAAGCCUGUACAAUACAUUGUGUGGGGGGCUGUAAGUGGGUUCUAACGUUCAGCAUACAUUCUCUGUCUGUAGGCAAGCAGCAGCAGGAUCUGGAGGCCAGACUCUCCAUGCUGGAAGAGCAAUGUAAGGACAACGAAAAGGCCAGAGUAGAAUUGGAGCUGCAGUUGACUGAGGUCAAAGAAAGCCUGAAGAAAUCUCUGGCUGGAGGCCCUUCGCUUGGGCUGUCUGUGACUAGCAAGACUGAGAAUCCAGUAAGUAUCCGUGAUGUGCAGGACAUUGUAGCAAGUCAUCAUUUGGCCGCAGUUUGCAUUUCUAGGGAAUUUAUAAUAAAGUCUCAUUUUUCUUUUGAGAUAUAUGUGUGCGUGUUGUGUGUAUGUAAUAUCUAAAAUAUUUGUAUUUAUUUUCCCAUAUAUAAUUAUUUAAUUUAAAUGCUUUAUUUUGCUGCAAGGCUCCUAAAUUUCAGAAGGAAGCUGAUCGCCCGGUGCCAGUCAAUAGUGCAGCAGAACUAAAACGUAAACCUCCAACCAAUGUAACAUCAAACAAAGGCAAAGUGCUUCAAAAGGCCAAGGUAACUACAUUUUGUUCCACGUGAAUGCACAAAAUGGUGAAAUAAUGUUCUUAAUUCCUAAAUGUCCAUCAGAUAUUUCCAUAGACUAUUACAGGAUAUAACUGUUAAUUUGGAUGGUAGAUCAGUUCUUACAAAAAAAGCAUUCAGACCUCUAAAAAAAAAAAAGUAAAAAGAAAAAAAUUCUACUGAAGCUGAUGAAUACCAUCUUUAAGAGAGAUGUCUACAUUAUAAUUCUUACAGUAUAAAACUUGUAUUGCUUUUUCUUUUGAGUCUCAGGGAUGACCUCUUGUCUAUAUAUUCUUUCUCAUUUACAGAUAUCUCAGACUCAACCCCAUUAAAGGGUUUCUACAAUCACCAUGACCACGUCUGCUUUUUGAAGUGUGUCAUGGUAGUAGGACUAUGUGUGCAAUGUAGCUUACAAAUCCAGAGUAAUUUGCACUUGUGUGCUGGGAAAUAGUUACGCCAUUGGCACACAGGACUUGGGCAGCUGGGAACUAUGCCUAAUGUCAAUUCUGUGCAUAUUCUACGUCUGUUGUCAGCGUGCAUUGCAUGCUGGCGACACAUUCUCUACUUUUCCCCUCUCUCCCUGCCCUCUUGCCUGUUAAAUGGUCCUAUCAUAGGCUUCUCUUCUGCACUCUUGCCUGUUAAAUGGUCCUAUCAUAGGCUUCUCUAUGAGAAGACUUUGAUUGGACUGCCAUGCACUGCCAUGCUUCGCUGGGCUUUGGAUUAAGGGAAGUAAAUCUUAUUUUAAAACAUUUGCUCUGAUACUGUGGCUGGGUAUCUCCACCAAACUGGCCUCCUAAUCCCUCAAAGUCUUCAUUGGUUAUAGCAGACCUACCCAAACAUCAGUUGAGACUUGAUGAAGGAUGAAAACAAGGACACUUUAUUAGGGAUUUACACAGACGUUUAUACCCAGACCCCCAGCAUGUGAUCAGUAACUGAAACAAUAGUAAUCCCACCCAAACACCUCUGUCUGGGACAUGAUCAGAUUAAUCAACGCUAAAUUAAUUAACCUUUCGGACUGGUAGGCGUCUGACAAGAAAUAUCCCGAAAACGCAUAGAAAAACUAUAGGAACCCCCAUAUAUUUGGUAUCCCUGGAAAGCUUGUCCCUAAGGAACCAAUCUUACAAAGUAGCGCUCUGAACCCAAGUGCGAAGUGUAAACACCACCCAAGAUAAGUUUUGACCAGCCGCGGCCGAGAGUUUGUCUGAGAAACCGCUCCACACGGCUGGUAGUGCUGGUUUUCCGAAGUGGUUAUCUGGCAAUUUACAAUGAUCAGGUGGCUCAUUUUUAGAACGUUUAUGUUGAUAGUGUCUAGGAGAAGUACAAGGAACCUUGGCAAUGUGAUUAACGCUCUCUUAGUACAUCUCCUGGUCAGUGAAUGUCUUUCAUGAGAACAUUACUAAGCUCUUAAAAUUACUUGUAUAAUUAACUCUUAUUGUGGGACCAGUAUAUAAAUUGUCGUUUGUUUUUAUUAUUAUAGAAAUAAUUGCUGGCUCUAAAAGUCUAUUUUUAGGUACCCAUAAUAAAUUUCCCAAUCAGUCUGUACAUGAAAGAGAUGCACUUUUUUAUUUAUUCAUUUUUUUAAAAUUUCAACAUGGCUCUAUUAAUGCUUGUGUGUUUGAAUUCCAGGAAUGGGAAAUGAAAAAGCCUUCGUAAAAAGAGAACAUCACGUGGUGGAAUACUGUAGGGAAAACAAAUAUGGUGACAGUAGGAUGAAGAAAUACAAGGCUUUUAAGUUCCAGGCACUGCAAGGGAUGUACAGGAUUUUGGGCAUGAAUAUUUGAACUACAGAGUGGAACACUGGAAGAAGGAGAAGAUGAGUUUGAUAAUGUUAAGGAUUUAAGACGUGAAUAAAAUGUAAAGUAAGUUGCAAUGAAAAAUAGACUGACACAGUAAGUCAGACAAGGACUUUUGUAAGUUGUGGUCUUUUUUGCUGCCAAGUUUUGAUCAGAUAUCCUCUGCCAGCAACAGAGGAGAGGGUGACUUGAUCUUAGGAGGUGCUGAGAUACAACAAGAAAAUAUUUCUACUUUUUAUGGUAAUCGAAGGCUAGAUCUAUAUGGAUUUCUGUCUGGGUUCAAAUAUUUAACUUUAGCUUACGCUAGAAGGCACGCAAAAGUUAUGCAGCCAACACAAGAUUGAAAUUCUUCAUACAGAGGAUGUUUGGUAAAUCAACAGCUGAUUAAAUACAGCAUCAAUGGGCCAACAACGUACCUGAUCCUGUGUGUCCUACCGAAGAAAUAUAUUCAUCCUUUAGAGUGACAAUUACAUUUGCAAAGAUUUUCUCAUUUCAUUUGAGGGUACAAACCUGCUUUCUUAAACUUAAUUACAACCAUGUGUAACAUUUUAACCAUGUGGAAAUCUUCUGAUGUAUUUGGUAUGUCAUAACAUUAUUACAUACCCUCAAAGUUUUUGUUAUACAUUGGGUGUGUCUGUUUUUUGAAAAGAUUCGUCUUUAUCUUAUUCUUGCAGAGUGCAGUUAGGAUGCAUAGGUUGUCAUGGCAAAGCAACGGCUAGUAUUCUUCAGAUGUAAAUGCUAGCCUUUUAGUUGGUAAAACCUCUUCCUAUAUAGCUGUCAAUGUAGGCUUUAAGCCAUGGGACUUCAGAUUGUAUAUAUUUGGCACUGUGAUAACCAUAAAAAAAAGCACAGCAAGAGACGCAUUUUUGCACAGAACCCGAUGCCAAAAGUGCAACCAUGCAAUAUAAAAUUAAACUGGUAAGGAAACAAAUAGCACAGUAUGUGAUAUAUUAACAAAUCCUCUAUCAUGCAUUUCUGGCCGUUGACACUGCACAGCCACUCUGAGUUCAAAUGACCGAAUCAGCAGAGAAACAGUCUUGCUUUGCCCCGCUAGAAUAUUGGUAGUCAUGGGUACAAAAUUUAACAGGGAGAGUGGCGGUUUUGGAAAGUUCUACCAGGGUUAAGAGAUUGUUCAAAUAGACACACAAGGGGGUAGUGUUUGGAGAGAUACACAGUGGAGUAAAGGUGAGAAACACUAGGGAGUAUGAAAAUAAUCACAGUGUAAUAUAUAAGACGAGGCUUGAUCUGACAUUCUGAAUACAUAUUGAUGGAUCAGGUUUCCAAGGUAUUCCCUUGAGUGAAAAAGAUGUAUUAAAUUGUAUUAACAAAUAAUUAAUUUUGGGAUGUAGGGAGGAAAGGAUUUGGAAUAAACUAAGCAAUCCAUGCCCAGAUUUGGGAGCAGGUAUAAUCGGUAGGGUUUAGCUGAACUUAACAUCGAGUGUUAAUGUAUAGAGGAUCUCUAGAUUUGAUCAGAAGUAUUAAUUAACAUUGGCAAUAUCCUUUUUAAUUGUGUUUAAAAGCACGGGUGCAAAGACGUUAUCCGAGAAGCCUGCUUUCUAGAGUUAUAUUUGACAUAUAAUAACAAUAGAAACCUGUUUGUGCCUGAAUAUUGGACUUUCCAAGUUGCUUUCUGGACCGUUACAACUGAUCACAAAUUCUAGAAGAUAUUUCAAUAAACCUUUCAUAAAUUGGUUAUAUGCUGCUCAGUAAAUAGGGGUUGAUAGCACUGCUUUUACUUCCCUCCAAACACCCAGGAUGGAAUCCAGUUAACAUAAUGCAAACCUGGCCUUUAAAGGUUACACUUUAUUUCUUUGCAUUUUUUUUCUUGUUCUAUUGUACAAAGAGCUGUAUGCACUUUAUGGAUCUUUGACAUGUUUUUCCAAUAAAAUUAUCAUGUACAGAAUUAAA